AUGAGACCAGACCAGCCCGGCACGGUGAGUAGGACCACCUAAAGUGGUCUUCAGCUGAUAGUUCAGAAGAGGUUGAUGUUUGCUCUGCAGCUGAUCAGAAAGUGAAGGAGUCAGAAUUUGGUCUGAAAUAGAAAUAUUUUUCUGAAUGUUUGAACAAGUUAUUAUAGGAAACUUCGUUUAACUGCUGAGUUUAUUAUUUCUAUUUUGGAGUUUUUUUUUAUGAAAGUGAAAAUGUUUAAAAAAGUGAGUUUAAGUUUGGGGGCUCAUUUCAGCACUUUUAUGACAAUUGAUGUUCUUGAAAUGACCUGAUUGAUUGUGAAUACAAACUUAUUGAUUAUCCAUCAGAAGUUCUUGUUGGACAGUCAACGUCCAAACUUUACAGUCGGACAAAUGCUGCCUCCUGUUGGCCGGAUGAAGGUGUGUUUGAAAAGUGUCAUACCUAUUUUAGACUCAGACAGCUCGUCAUGAUCUGACCCAUAUCCCCCGUCCAUCUGUCUCCAUGACGACUGGCUCUCAGAACAGGUGUUAACAUUUGUACCUGCUGACAGAGACAGACGGAUCAGUUCAGACUAUCAGAUGUAUUUACCGUUAGAGAUAUGAGCAGAACUCCGGGAGCGGCUCUCACAGAUCCUCCUGAGCUGCUGUGACAGCUGAGAGCUCAGCCUCAAAUCCAGACUAAAGCUCCAGGUAAGCCUGAUAGAUUGGCAAGAUGGCCGCCAUGCCAGUUUGUUCACAUCAUGGGGCGGUUUGGGUCUGCGACACUCCACAGAGACCAUCUGAUAGAAACCACAUAUGCAGCAGGUUACAGGUCCUGUCAGAACCACACCAGAGCCACAAAUGGAUUCAACUGGUCCCUGAAAAUACAGACAAACCGACUCACCCCGACUACGACAACCAUGGACUGAGGACUUCUUUACAGACUCUGAUCCAGAUCACCAUCCAUUCAGAUAAACACACUGACAUUUAAAGACGCAGGAGAUCAAACUAAGAACCAGUAAAACUAAAAAUGACCACAAACUGUCCAGAGAGACUUUCUUAAAAGAAAAGUGAAGAUUCUUCUUCACGAGAACAUUCGUCUUAUCCUGUUGUUGAUCAUUGCAGCUCCAGGUCCUAUACUUGGUGGGGUUGUCCCAAUACUAUGUUCUCACUUCCGAUAUGACACCGAUAUUGCAACCUUUAAUAUUGUCCGAUACCAAUAUCAAUCUGAUAUCAGCACUCCACCAGUGAUACAUCCUUUCAUGACUUAUUUUGUAGAGUGGAAUUUUAGAAAAGGCUGCAUCAAGUGAUUUUACUCAAACAGAGAACAAUAGUCUGCAACAGUUGUUUGGGAAAACUGACCCAUUUAUUAUUAACAAAACAAAUAGAGGAAUAAAUAAAAAUAAAUUGGGAGGUCUUGAAUAAUAGAUAAAAGAAUGUAAACAAAAUAAACAUAUUACUCUAAUAACAAGAGCAGAAAACAGUCAGUCAACUUAACUCCUGACUACCCUUACUACUCCUCCAUCUCCACUUUCUGCAGUCCAAGCGUGAUGUGGCUUGAGCUCCAUAUGUCGGUGGUGAGGCUAACAGCAUUUGCUUUCUCCACAUGUGCGGCAAUACACUUUUUAACUUCUUUAUGCAUCUGAGGUAUAGUUUUGUCGACAAUGUAGUGGCAACUAGGGAUAACAUUACGUGGCUCGAGGUGCUCAAUUAAGCAUUUAAACCCGACAUUGCUCACCACCGACAGGGGCUGGUCAUCAAGCACAAUAAAUUGGGCUACCUUUUCUGUCAUAGCCGAUGCCUUUUUGCCGUCCCGUGGGAGUUUUUCCCACUUUGCAAAUGUUUCGGCCAGCAUUGGUUGUUUGAGAAAGGUAGAGGUAAGAUUUUUCUUUGCCCCAGUGAUCUUUUGAAAAUCCUCAUGCUGUUGUUUGUGGUGUUUUUCAAAUGCGGUUGGUCGUAUUAAACUUCCCCUGUUCUGUGCCACCACAGGAAACUUGUGCAUGACACAGCUGAGUUUGCACUCAGCUGCAACGUCUUUGUCUGACUUUAGGGAAAAGUAGUGCCACACAGCCGACAUCACUUGUUCUUGUAACACAUGCGCUGUUGUUGUGAUUACGUGCGUUCUACAUGCUGGAGCCGGGCGCUCUUCCUCUUUGGCAGGCAGCACCAGCAUUGGUUUCUUACCGCCACCAACUGUGUUGGAGUGGGAACCAUUGUCACCUCAUGUAGUGCAGAAACGCUGAAGCAGAAUAAACAGCUUUUAUUGGAGCAUUCAUAUCGGACAUUUUAGAUGCAGUCUGAUAGAAUCCGAUAUUCAUUUUUUUGCUGAUAUCUGACCGAUAUCUGAUAUCAAUAUCGGAUCAGGACAGUACUUUUUUUUUUUUUUUUUAAAUCCCAGGAUAAAAAAAGAUCUCUACAUGUCAGGUGACCGAGGUUUAGAUCAACCUUCUCAUCCGAAAAAAAAUCAAAGAUUUGAAAAUAAGAACUGACUUUGUGUUUGGGGUUUUUCAGGCUUUCUUCUUCAGUCCUGAACUCCAAAAUAUUUAUCUCUGUUCAUGUCUUCAGAUGUCUCGGUUCCUGGAUAUGAAGGAGUUUGGAGAAGCUGCUCACUAUCUCCGCCUCACCAACCUGGAGCAGCUGGCAGCCAAAGCCCAGGCCUUCGAUGGUGGGUAAACCUGUGUUCAGAACUCUGACCCGGUCUGUGUGGAUCUAUAAAUCUGAGGUUUAGUUCUGACUAAGUUUGAUCGGACUCCCUCAGGUACAAAGCGUGUUUGGUUGCCCGAUGAUACCGAAGCCUACAUCGAAGUGGAGGUUAGAGAGCUGAACGGAGAUAAGACCACGGUGGAGACCAAGGAUGGACGGGUCAGUCCAUCUUUUUAUUUCAGCACCACUUUCAAGGUUAAGAAUCUAAAUUAAGGAGGAGGAGGCAGGAGGAGGCAGGGGAGGAGGCAGGGAGAGGAGGACGCAGUUGGAUGAGAUGGGGGAGGAGGAGGAGGCAGGGAGAGGAGGAGGCGGGAAGAGGCAGGAAGAGGAUGAAGGAAGAGGAGGAGGCAGGGGAGGAGGAGGUGGGGAGGAGGCAGGAGGAAUAAGGAAGAGGAUGAAGGAAGAGGAGGAGGCAGGCUGAAGACCUUUAUCUAAAAGGACCAUUUUCACAGUUACCAUGGUAACUCAGCUAACCUGAAUCCUAAACCGACUUUAUUUCAGAUUUGAUCUGAUUUUAUUUUUCCCAGUUGGAGCUGCAGACCAAAAAUUCUCAACCAAUUUAGAGGAACUUGAUAUCAGACACCAGGCUUGGAGGCACAUACCUUCACCCAACUCAUAAGACUUCAAAGUCCACAUGAAGGUCCAGAUGUUUGUCCUGAUGUGGUUCUGAAACCCUCCUGGUUCUUAUGUUUGUGUGUUGCAGUUCCUGGUGGUCAAAGAAGAAGACCUUCAGCCCAUGAACCCUCCAAAGUUUGACAUGAUGGAGGACAUGGCCAUGCUGACUCACCUGAAUGAAGCGUCUGUCCUCUUCAAUCUGAGGAGGAGAUACAGCAUGUGGAUGAUCUAUGUUAGUAUCAGUUCUUGGAUAGCUGGAUCAGAAGGAGACUUUGGGGACCAGAACCUGAAAAGAAACAGGAAAAUACCAAAAAUUAAAAAAUGAACUGUGCACCAGUUCUAGCAUUGAUGCAGAGUCGAGAUGUGACAUUUGCGAACAAGUAGGGAUGGGGAUCAAGAACCGGUUCUUGUUGAGAACCCGUUCCAAAUGGUUCAGUCCAUCGACAUCAUUUACAUUUUAUCUUAACGAUUCCCUUAACGAUUCCUUUCUUCCGGGUGCGUUUAAAAACAAUCUCACGGGUGCCAGUCUACAUGACCAGGAACAGAGACAGAGAAAAUAAAAUGGCGGACGGUACGAAAAGUCGGCAGAAACGAUCAAAAGCGUGGCUUGAUUUUACUAAGAAAGAUGACAACAGUGCAACAUUUGUGGAGCAGUGAUAACAUGCAAAGGUGGGAAACACCAGCAACAUGCUUUAACAUUUGUCAACGGGGCACGGCAUCAAAUAUAAGAAGUCACAUGUAUUUGGUGCUCGCCGCCAGUGUUGUGCCUAUGAAUGCAUCCCAUCUGCUCAUUAGCUUCUUUAAGUGGAAGAAACAUGAUCUCAUACUUAAAAAGAAAACACAAGUAUUGGAUCAUGACAACAUGUCAAAUGGAGCAGCAAACUUUCGUUCUGUUUUUAUGUCUCUAAAAUGCACAGAGAGGUGUACUUGGGUGUAUAAACUCUACAGUAAACUGUCAAGGUAGAGAAUAUUAUAUUUUCGCGACAGCAGAUAUUCUGAAUCAGAGGACCAUUGUUUUUGGCUUAUCUAAAUAGUCUGAAUGAAAUAAUUAAAGUCACAUGCUUUAGAAUCCACCAAAUGGUAAGGAAAACUUGGAUUAUUUCACCUUGUUAUGUACUUUGAACCGCGCUCCCAUCAGGGGGGCAUUCUAUGGCACAACACCUGUUGAACACCGGUCGUCAGCCGCUGCUGCUCCGUCUCAGCAUGGCAUUAAAGGUACGUACUGUAUGUCAGAGUGACCAUAUGUCCUCUUCUACCCGGACAUGUCCUGUUUUGGGGGGCUGUUCGGGGGAGUAUUAAAUCCUUCAAAUGUCCUGUAUGGGUUUUCAUUUAUUAUAAAACACUGCAGCGCAUCAGUGCACUCUGCAGCUCUGCCCCUCCGCUCACUUUAGCCACCGAUGCUACGCAGCAUGCACCUCUGUCUUUGGGAAUUCAGAAUAUGCGUUUAACUGAGUUAGAAGCGCAUAUAAAACACUUGACCUUUCCAAAAAAAAAAACAACUCGAAAUUUUGCACACAAGUCCACCCAAUCUUAUUGUCCUCUUUCUGGGUAUACAGAAUAUGGUCACCCUAACAUAUGUCCUGUGUUAACAUGAACACAAUGUAUGCCAGAAAUGCUGUAGAAAUAGAAUUUCUGUUUGACUAUUUUAGAUUCUCACUAAAGGUGGCAAACAUCUGUUUCUGUUAUCAGAGACUAAAUAAAAUUUUGAGUUAAUGGUGAAAACCUAUGGUCUGCUUUUAUUUUUUUUAUUAAAGAAAGGCAUUGAUAAGGGAAUCGUUAAAGAAUCUAGUCGAUAAGCAGAAUAGAUAAUGGCAUCGAUAUUGAUAAAAUCUUAUCAAUUCCCAUCCCUACAAACGAGUCAGUUUUUUGAACGGCUCUUUUAAAUGAACCAGUUCACAGUAAUGAGUCAUCUGUUUGUGAACUGGUUUCUUUUAUGCAGAUCGUCUGCUCUGUAGUGAUCUGCUCUCUGCAUCAUUUUAAGGUGAAGGAAAAAAUCAAAAUAGUGAUCUUAGUGUGGCAGCAUGGUCAUCUGGCGCCACCUCAUUUUUACACUGUAAACACGAGUCAGAUGAAAUUGAUAAUCACAAUUUCAGAAUAAUCCCACCCACAAGUACCCCUAAAAAACAAAUAUAUAUAACAACGAGCCGGUCUUUUGAACAGCUCCUCAGGAUCUGACUCCCUAUAAAGACCCAUAAAUCCUCUCAUGCAGAGUUCCUCUAUGGUCUUUCUUGUGGUUUUGGACCGGGGACACGGAGUUUCCUUGUGGACUCGUUUUUCUUUAAAUUUCUGACAUUUCAGCAGACGUCAAAGAGGACCGUGGUCAUGCUUGUUGUUUGUAAUCCUUGUGUCUCUUCCUCAUCAGACCUACUCCGGUCUGUUCUGUGUGACGAUGAAUCCCUAUAAAUGGCUGCCCGUCUACUCUGCUGAGGUGGUGGCGGCCUAUAAAGGACGCCGCCGUCUGGACACACCCCCUCACAUCUACGCCAUCGCUGACAACGCCUACACUGACCUGCUGCAGAGUAAGUCACCUGUGAUCAUUAGCCCAUAAGUUAUUCAUUAGCUCAUUACUGAGUUAUUCCACCAACCACAGCACUGUCACAUUCAUGUGGAUUUUUCUAAAGACAAAAAUCAGAGAUUUUAGGUUCAUUUAGGACAACAGGGAACUAGGAGAGAGGGAGGUGUGACUGACUGGGGCCUCAUUUAUCAAUCAAUCAAUCAAUCAAAUUUUAUUUAUAUAGCGCCAAUUCACAACAGUCGUCAUCUCAAGACGCUUUUCAAGGAACAAGAGCAGGUCUGGACCACGCUCAUUGUUUGAUGAUUAAGAACCAACCUAAGAUGGGUUUUGGCCCAUCUCAACUAACAUGAGUUACAGUGGCAAGGAAAAACUUCCUUUUAACAGGCAGAAACCUUGGGCAGGACCAGCCUCAUGCUAGACAGCCACCAUGCCGCUGCUGGGUUGGGGAGGAAUGUAGAGAGAAGAGGGGAGAGGGGGAGAGGACAGGGGGAGGGAGAGAGACAACAAGAUAGGGGAAAGGCGAGAGAGAAUUAGUACGGAGAGGGAGGGGGAGGGAGAGAGAGUAGAGAACGAGGGUGAGAGAGAGACAGGAGGCAGCAGGAACAACAGCAACAACAAAAACAGCUCAUGUAAUGGUGAAACAAAAAGAAGUUCAGUUUACAGGUUUAGGAUAUGAGUGAUUAUGGACAAUGUUGAAUUAAUUGAAUGCGAUUACAGUUAGCAGGCUUAAUCGUAGUCAGUUCUAUUUUGUAUUAUUAAUGUCAAUAAUGACAGUGAGGCUGAUGUUCAUGUCUGCAGUAACAGUAACAGCAACAGUCCAGAGGAAUCAGAGAGAAGAAGGAGCUCAGGGCCGGGGGGGUCUGCAGCAACGGUCCAGAGGAGCCAAAGAGCCAAAGAGUUGGAGGAGCUCAGGGCCCAGGGUGGAUGCAGCUGGGGUCAGGCAGUUCCGCAGCAGACCGUUUGCAGCAUUAGUCCAGUGGCAGCUAAAAGACUCAGAGACACUCAGAGAGACAGAAAACUGGUCAGUGACUUAUAUGGGACAUAAAGAUCUAAAGAGGAGAUAGAGACAGACUCUAGCUCAGUGUGCCAGAUAGCCCCGGCAGUCUAGGCCUAUAGCAGCAUAACUAAGAGCUGGUUCAAAUCAGCCUCGACUAUAAGCUUUAUCGAAGAGGAACGUCUUAAGUCUACUCUUGAAAGUUGAGAGGGUGUCUGCCCCCCGAACCUCGAGCGGUAAAUGAUUCCAGAGAAGAGGUGCCUGGUAGCUGAAAGCUCUUCCUCCAAUACUACUUUUAGAGACAUUUGGUACAACGAGCAGACCUGCAGACUGUGAGCGUAACGGUCUAGAUGGAAAGUACGGUAUAACUAGCUCGUCGAGAUAUGAUGGCGCCUGGCCAUUAAGCGCUUUAUAUGUCACAAGGAGGAUUUUAAACUCAAUUCUAUAUUUAAUAGGGAGCCAAUGAAGAGAAGCUAAGACAGGAGAGAUGUGCUCCCUUCUUCUGGUUCUAGUCAAUACCCGAGCUGCUGCAUUUUGGACCAGCUGAAGAGUCCUUAAUGACUUACUAGAGCAGCCUGAUAGGAGAGAAUUACAGUAGUCCAGUCGAGAGGUAACAAAGGCAUGGACUAGUUUUUCUGCAUCACUCUGAGACAAUAUGCGUCUAAUUUUUGAGAUAUUGCGCAGGUGGAAAAAGGCUGUCCUGGAAAUUUGUUGAAUGUGGAAGCUAAAAGAUAAAUCCUGAUCUAAUACAACUCCUAGAUUUCACACAGUGGGGCUGGAUGCCAGGCUGAUACCAUCAAAUGUAGUUAAAUUACUAGAGAACGCCUCUCUAAGGUGUUUAGGACCGAGGACCAGAACUUCAGUUUUGUCUGAGUUGAGCAUUAGAAAGUUAUUGGUCAUCCAGGAUUUUAUAUCUUUGAGGCAGGCUUCUAACCUAGCAACCUGGCCUGCUUCCUCUGGCUUUAUGGAUAGGUAUAGCUGGGUGUCAUCUGCAUAACAGUGGAAAUUAAUCGAGUACUUCCUCAUAAAUUUACCCAGCGGAAUCAUGUACAGGGUGAAGAGGAUUGGACCGAGCACUGACCCUUGCGGCACACCGUAGCAGACCUUGGUGUGUGCAGAGGAUUCAUUAUUUACAUUGACAAACUGGGAUCGAUCUGUUAGGUACGAUUUAAACCAGGAGAGAGCUGAUCCUGCUAUUUUAGAAGAUGACCUCGGUGCAAAAGUGCAGAAAUGAACUACACGAAGACAGAAUCAAGCUGGCAGCCUCUCGGCGGGGUUUUUAUUCCAAUCACAGCAUCGAACAAUAGCUCAUGAGCAAUCGAACAGACAGAACCAAAAAACAGCCCAUCCACAUAUCUUUUAUAGUCCUCCAUUGACGUCAGGGACCUUAGUUUUAGCCAAAUGUGCGUGCGAAAGUCCCCUUCGUGACUUUCUCUGCCACUAUCUUUUGGAGCCAGAUUUCCUGUUAUUGCAAUUAAGCUACCAUGAGAGAGGGUCACCAUGACCUGAUAUGAAGUUUAUCCCAAUCUGACCACUCCACCCAUAUCCUGUUUUCUUGCCUCAUGGUAACCCCCAAAACAUCCAAACAUAUCUGUUAUUUUCCCCCACAUAUCCCCCCUUUGAAUCUUUUCAAGAUUAACCAAGUUCACUGAUGCCGUUGGAGAUUCACACUUAUCUUGUCUUAGCCUUAGUUACGUUACAUGAAUGAGUUAUGACAACGUUAUGUGAUAUGGUACUACUUGAUUGAUUACAGAUGCAUAUGUAUGUUUUCAAACCAUUCCAACUCAUGCUCGUGAUCACGAAUGUUACAUUUUCACAAAUACAACACUUAAAUCCCUCGGUUCACAUCUGGCAGGGGCGAAAACCUGCUGGCUGCUUUGAGCAGGAAAUUCCCCUGCGGCCCCUCCCGCUGGCGACCUUUACCGUGAACCUUCUAAAUCUAACAGCUUUUCACUGACCCACUCUACAUGACAAUCAACCACAUGUUUUAUUGCUCAAAAAAUGAUUAACCAUUUCCUUUACCUGUUUCCAUUUACCUGGAAUGAGUAUGUGUAAAUGAUGUGAGUAUGCAGAGUACACAUGGAUAACUGCAGGAUAUGUGUGUAUUGGUAUGAUAGUCCAUUAUGCAGAAUACACCUGGAUAGUAACAGAAUAUGCGUGUAUUGAUAUGAUAGUCCAUUUGCUCCGCCGUCCCAUUUGCUUUUCCUUUUGCUCGCUCGCUGCUGCUGCACCUCUGCUCCUUGUUUACCUUACACUUGACUCAGUUCGUCCUCAUCAUAGUCACCCACACAGGCAGGGUUCGGGUACAAGUCCGUAUAGUCCCCGUUUCCCGCCUUGCUGUCAUUCAAGCAGAGUUGUGCCAUUUGGGACGGCGUCAGCAAGUCCAACAUUUGAGCUUUUUGGAGACCAGUCGCCACAGUCAUCUGUCUGUCCAGAGCCCGCAGACACUGCCUCCUCAGGAUGGGGAUGAUGCAACAUGUCAAAAAGGAAAUUAGAAUUAGGACUGCUAAUGCACUGAGUCCUAUCUUAGCCCAAACGGCUCCCCAUUUUCCUAAAAUUUGGUCUAACCAAUCCCAUGACAGUCCCCCCUUGCCCGCACUCUCCCUGAGCUCAACUCUGAGUUCUGUAAGCUUCCCCAUUGCCACAGAAAAUAUACCAUCAGGGGCUGUGUUAUUUGGAAUAAAGGUACAACAAUGUUUCCCGAACAUGUGACAUACUCCUCCCCUAUCGGCUGUCAGCCAAUUCAAAACCUGUCUAUUUUGUUGGGCCAUUAUACUUGCUGCGUGUAAUUGAAUACCGAGAGCGCUCAGGAUCUCAGAUGUCGCAUUAACAAACCUCUGUUGGUUGUAAUAAAUGUAAUUUAUCCAUUGGACAUUUUUAUUAGUGGUGAUCCAGGGGAGAAUCGACUCUAGACCUGCUCUAAUCUCAUCCUGAGCUUUAAACUCCUCUGGAAUUCCUAUUGGCACUCCUAUACUAUUGAUGUACACCUUUUCGUCAAUCUGCCUUUUAUGGCGGUUCAAUUUGGCUGUUUCUUCCGGGAUUUUAAGGAUCUCCUCGACGCCGUCAUACAACACGACAACUGGCACUUUCAUUCGCACUAAUGUACAGAGUCCAAUCCAUUUUGGUGGAAGUGUGUUUCGCACAAUGUUGUCUCCACACAUCCAAUAACUGUCAGCUACUGCAACAGUUUGACUUGCGAAAAACUGCAUACUCGGUCUGGUCAUAGUUAUGUUUUCACAUGUUUGAUCUAACGUUUGCUCUGGAUUUUCAAACCAAACUGGUCUAGUUAUGAAUGGUUCGCUCAUAUUAGCUUCAGGAAACCAUGACAAUACCCACGUAAUUUUACAAUUAACAGUUGUGUUUCCCACCUGGACUCCUUCCCCUGGUUUAUUCAUAAACCCUCCACUGGCGAAACACUCGUAAUUACUCAUGUCGUCUACUUUGUAGUUUGUAGGGGGCUCGUCUUGUGACGUUGUGGUGGCGAAUUCUUUACAUGUCUGGCGAAAUUUACAGUCUACGCACGUUUCUAAAUACCCAUGAUGAGAUCCUGACCCAUACAGAAGCCUACAUCGAACACCACACAUUGGAAGCCCGUAGAGUGAUGGCACCUGCGGAUUGGGAGUGAACUCACUGCUUCUACACUUUUGCUGUUGAACUUUAGCGCAUUCUUCGUGCGUAUAUUUCUCUGGUACUACAGUGGGAAGUGUCGUUGGGGCUUCAGCACACACGAUGCAUUCACUAGGGGUCAUCUGUUUUGCGGUAUACAUAGCCCAUUGGUACCACCCAUUCACACUGGCCUCUUCCCAAAGUUUAUCUGAGUACGAUUUUACACUUCUCUGCAUGGGCCUGUCAAAACUUCCCACUUUACCUGGACUACCAUCGUAAUCAUCGUACUCAUCAUACAGUGUAUCUGGGGUCGUUUCACUUGGUGUUGUCGAUGUGCUUGGUGUUGUCGAUGUGGAUACCUUACUCAAUUUGGCCUCUGUUGCAGUUACUACGAUUGGGUUGUGAUUUCCCUUUGGAGUUGGUGUGACCGAAUUUACAGUUUUCGGAUUUGGCGCGGUCGCGCUGCGAACUUCUGUUGGAACCAAUGCAUUUGAAUGGCGAUUCCCUACUGAAGCCGGAGUUCUUGAAUGGGAAUUUCCGGUCGGUGUUGGUGUAGUCAAAUGGGGAACUUUUGUCGGUUCUAGAGUGGUAAACACUCCCUGACCUGUCGUUGUAGCGGUCGGCUCAACCCUUUCUACCUGCCCCCUGUUAGGAACUCGCCACGGAAGUGCACGUUUUGCGGCUCUUCCCCCACUUGCUAUACUCGUAAGGUCGAGAAUGUAGGUUUCAUUUGGAGUAAACUUGUCUUCAUCAAGCUCAGCUACCCAUUGGCCCGCCUCUUCGAAUACUGUUAACCCACACUCAGCUCCACCCCACAUCGUUACAUCCUGAUUAUACUGAUGGGCCAAACCGCAAAGUACAUUUGUUGUCAUUUCGGUCUCAACUUCCUCAACUUCCAGCACCCGCACAUCUCGUCUGUAUAGACUGCUUGAUACUGUCUGUGGCGGAAUGUGUAGUCUUAUUCUCCCGUUAAUCAUUUCACUUUUGAGUGGUGCUUCAUGCAAAACUCUUGGAUCCGGUGUUUCCUCUCUGUCUAGUGUCAGUGUUUCUCGGACCUCUCUGCCCUCACCAUUCCCACGCAGGCCCACGACAGCAUAAUACGUCUUAACUGGACUGAAGUGAGUUGCUAUCCUGACGAUAAUCUCAAGUUUCCCUCUCACCCUCAGAAUGAUUUGACAAGCGUCCUGCCCCCAUUCUUGUUCCUGACUACCUUUCUUCACUCCGCACAAUUGGGUUCGCACAUAAUCUCGUGACACGACCAUUACCCCGUAUGUUAUGUUUCUGUUUUUCAUGCUAUCGGGUAUGUCCAUGCUAGCGCGCCACCGCCACAUCGUGUGUACAGCUCUUUUACCCCGUGUUCGUCCAUACACUACUUGGUGCGGCAUGUUUAUGUGUUUGAGCUCAGCUGAGAGUGCUGGCUCAGAGUUCAGCAUGUCAUGGAUUGGUGUCUGUGUGGUUGCAUCAUACUCAUCUGAUUCAGAUGCUCUGUCUCCUCUGCCGUGCGGGUUGGUCUCUGGCGUGGCUCUGGUCCCCGGGGUGCUCUGUUUUCCCCUUUGAGUCUCUAGCUCCACUGCUUCUACAGGCAUCCAUAGAAGAGAGUUCAUUACCACCAACACACACCACAAUGUCAUGUUUUUCAUCUUUGUUUUUCAACUCAAUACCGCCCUUGGUUUUGCCUGGAACUUUCGUGCAGUGCGACAGGUGAUACCACGUCCCGCUCCCUUCGACCUGGACUGCUGUGGGAGUAGCUCGCACCACCGUGUACGGUCCUUCCCGUCGUGGUUCGUGCCACUUCCUGCGGAAGACCUUGACGUACACUUGGUCACCCGGCACCACUGGUUUCACGACCAGCUCGUCUUUAACUGGUUCUCUCCUUUUUUCCUGCAGGUAGAUAGUCUUAUGUAUUGCUGUUAGCUGGUUCAUAUAAUCUUUCAAUUCUAUCUGCAGCUGUUCAAGGGGAGGUCCUUUAUACGGACCUCGCAACUGUGGUGCUGGCAUCGGUCGACCCGUGAGCAUUUCAUGCGGCGUGAGAUGCGUGCUUCUGUGAGUUUGCAUGCGGUAGCUCAUUAGUGCAAGCGGCAAAGCAUCUACCCAGUUAAGCUUUGUACUGGCGCAAAUUUUGCUGAUUUUUGCUUUCAGAGUUCCAUUAAUCCGCUCUACCAUCCCGUUACUCUGGGGAUGGUACACAGCAGACAGUCUUUGCUUGAUUCGGAGCUGCUGGAGGACCCCUUUGGCAACUUUAUGUACAAAUGCUGAGCCGCUAUCUGAGCUUAUUUCUGACGGGAUGCCAAACCUUGGAAUGACCUCCCUGGUCAGAAACUUGACCACUGUUUCUGAUCCUAGAGUCUUUGAAGGAACGGCUUCUACCCAGCGUGAAAAUCUGUCUAUGAUGACCAACAUGUAGCGCUUUCCGUGCACUGACUUUAUCAUGUCAACAUAGUCUAUGGCUAGGUGUUUAAAUGGUCCCUCGGGGACCGGAAUGUGUCCCACUGGUGUUUGUAUUGCUUUUCGAACGUUGUUCUGAGCACAAACAUCACAUUGACUUAGUACUUCGUCAACCAUCGCUUGCAUGUAUGGUGACCAGUACCCUUGCUGUUUUAUCUUUUUUACCACCUCCCCCCUUCCACAGUGAUCCACACUGUGUACUUGGGAAAUCAGAAUGGUCAGGAGAGGAACCGGUGCCACCAAAAACCCAUCAUGCGAUCUCCACAGUCCUAUUUUAUCUGCCGACGCCCCCCUUUGACGCCACAGAUUAUGCUCAUUCUCACCGGCCUCCUCCUGCAUCAUCACGAUGUCCUCGGGUGUUACUGUAGGCUCAAGUAACACCAACGGGGCCAACACGGCCACUUCACACCUGGAAGCAGUUUUCGCAGCUUCGUCGGCCGCGUUGUUUCCCCUUAUGACAACCUCAUUUCCCUUACGAUGAGCUUGACAUUUAAUGAUCGCAAGUUUCGUUGGCAACAUCAUUGCAGACAUUAACUCAUUUAUUUGAUUACCAUGUUGUAUUGGGCUGCCAUCUGUCUUCCUGAAUCCCCUCUGUCUCCACAGAGAACCGAACAGAUGACAUACACCAUGUGCAUACGCUGAGUCCGUGUAAAUAUUAGCCACUCUUCCCCGCGCUAAUUUACACGCUUCAGUCAGCGCUUUUAGUUCAGCCAACUGGGCUGAACAUGGUUGGACACAACUCUCAGCUUUCUCCGUCACAAACUCAUCAGCGUCUUGCCUCACCACAGCAAAACCUGCAUGGUUCCCCAGAUGGUCUCUGAAACAUGAACCGUCAACAUAAUAUGUUACAUCUUCGCCAAUCAGCGGAGUUGACUCGAGAUCGGGUCUCAGUUUUGUGUAUCUCAUUGUCUCGGCAAUACAUUCGUGAGGUUCUCCCUCAUUUUCCAGAGGAAUCACCAUUGCUGGAUUUGAGGUGGGACACUUCUUUAUUGUUACAUCUGGGUAGGUUAAAAGUGGCGUGUACUGCAAACAUCUUGCCUGAGUUACGACAAACUUCCCUUGGUUUAUUAACUCACUGAUUUUAUGAUGCGUGAAUAUGGUCACUGGAUACCCCAUGGUUAUCGAGGACGCCUUUUCGUACGCAAAAUGCACUGCAGCCAAACCUUGGUAGCAUGGUGGCCAUCCCUGGACUACAUUGUCUAGUUUAGUGCUGUAGUAUGCUAUUGGUUGUUUUUGUCGCCCACUACAGGUCUCUUGUAUCAAUACCGCUGUCGCGUACAUGUCUGCUCUGUUUGACACGUACAACGAAAAUGGUUUGUCAUAGUUUGGAGUGGCAAGACACGGCGCCCUCUGCAUUUCUUGCUUCAACGCCUCGAAUGCUGACAUUGCUCCACUUGUCCAUUUUAGCUGAGCUUUCAGUGAUUCGUUGCCUGCUUCUUUAAUCAUCCCUCUCAAGGGAGCCGUCUUCUCAGCAUAGUCUUCGAUCCAAUCAGAGCUGUAUCCCGUCAUUCCUAAGAAUGUCAUCAUCUGUUGCACUGUUCGUGGGCGCGGAGUUUUGCUCACACCUUCUACCUGCGAUGGAGAUAUCGCAAUGGUACCAUGUGAAAUAAUCCUUCCCAGGUAUUCGACUUGUGGUUUGCAGUACUGGAGUUUUGGUUUUGAGACUUUAUGUCCCCCCUCCGCCAGUCUCUGGAGUACUUUAACCGAGUCUCGAUGGCAGUCGUCCAACGAGGACGAACAGAUCAGCAGAUCAUCCACAUACUGUAUUAGCGUGCUAUUGAUUGCUAGAUCCUCUAGCUCUUGUUUGAGGACCUGGUUAAACACAUGUGGACUGUGCUUCAUACCCUGGGGGAUUCUUGUGUAUGUUAGCUUCCUUCCUCUGUACGUAAAUGCAAAUAGGUGUUGUGACUCCUCAGCUAAUGGGAUGCUAAAGAAUGCUGAGCACAGAUCAAUUACUGUGAAAAAUUUUGCAUCGGCCGGAACGUUAGUGAGGAGUGUGUGUGGAUUUGGCACGUCAGCUGGUAAAUCUUGUAUGAUGUCGUUUACAGUUCUCAAAUCAUGCACCAGCCGGUACUUAGAUUUGUCACUUUUAAGAACUGGAAAAAUUGGUGUGUUGCAUGUACUGUUUGUUUCAACUAGUACACCUGCUUUUAACAGUCCCUCUAUUGUCUUACUUAUGCCUGCUUCAGCUUCCGGUUUUAAUGGAUACUGCAUGCGGCAUGGUAAACACACAUUUGGCUUGAGCUCAAUUGCUACUGGAUUGGCCAAUUUAACGAGUCCCACAUCGGUGUCGUGCUUGGACCACAGGUGGUCCGGAACCCGUGUCGCCAUAUCCGUUAGGAGCCCAUUUGCGUCUCUGUCUUCCUCUGCAAGGACUGGCUGUGUGAUAACUUCAGGAAUGAUUAUCACCUGUGGUUUAGCUGUCAUUUCUGUUUGGCACUGAAUCUUCACCAUGUCCCCUUUCUUUGACACAGAGAUUAAUGGAUUGUCUGUUUCCUCCCAUUCUGCCUGAGUGGCUGUGCGCAUCAUUGGUCCCAGGUCUUUGGAUCUAAAACCUUCAUUUACCAACAACGUUAUGUGUGGCAUGGACUCGGGUACGUUGUACCACUGAGAAAUAAAUGGGUUAUUUUGCACGUCUAAAGCUGCACCUUGGUGUCCCACGAUGAUAGACUGUGACUUUAGAUCUACUUUUACGUUUUUAGUGUCUCUGUCCCAUUUCUCCUCAAAGGCUUUGCUUCCUGAUGUGUCAUAAUACAUGGUGCAGUGAUAAUCAGAGAAUGGUUCUGUGGCUUUCGGGAGUUGCGCCCGAAUGUAUUUCUCCCACUCCUGAAAUGAUUUUUGUACUGGCGCGGUGAUGCCACCCAGCCAAUACACUUUGGCACCCUCUAUCUGCGUGCACAUUUGUGUUGCUAACCCUGCACCGUCUAUAUACACCCCGAGUGGAGAACACCAGAUUUUGAUUUUUAGUUCACAUAAUGCAUCUCUUCCCAGCAGAUUGAUUGGAGUUUGAUCGGAUACCAGGAUUGGAAUUUUAAUUUCGUCUGUUUCUGUUGUUAUGCGCACUGGAAAUGUCAUAGGAAUUAACUGUUUCUUCCCCGAGAAUCCCACCGUCUUCACACAUUUGCCUGAGAGGGGGAGGUGCGUAGCAUGCUCAGGACUCACGCAUGUGUGUGUUGCUCCAGUGUCUACUAACAUGGGGGUUUGUUUAUCUUCAAUUUUUACAUUUAUCAUAGGUUCUGUAUCAGCUCCCACAAUGAUUACAGGCAACUGAUCCUCCCCCGUGGGAUUCUCUGGGCACCCCUAAUAUCCAUGGUUUGGACCCGCCCAAGGAUUGACUGGUCCUCCACCUCUUCGUUGCGCAGGCUGAGCUCCACGACCACGCCCUGCCCAGUCGGGGCCCGCUCGUGGAUUUGGGCACCCACGUGACAUAUGACCAAUCCUCCCGCAGUUCCAGCAGGCCUUUGGUUCCUGCCCCCCUCUUCCUCCUUGUCCGCCCCCCCUUCUUUGCAUUGGCUGUCUCGGCGGGCCAUAGUAGGGAGGCUCGGACGUUUGCUGUGGAUAUAUGUUAACAACUGGUGUUUGUUGAGGGGGCGUUGGUCCCGGUUGCGGAGUUGGGGGUGUGGUCUUCUGUGUGAUCUGCGCCGCCUGGCUCACUGCAUCCAUCACCACCGCACCCUGAGUUUUUGAUUUGGUUUUGUUUUGUAGUUCACCGAGCUGCAUCUGGGCCAGCUUCCUUUGUAAGUUUUUGUCUUGGUCUUUAUUGUUCUGCUCAUCUUUGCGAUAUUUCUCGACUGCAUGUGUUAUGUGAUCGCAAAAUUGCCUGUGCGGCAUUGACGUCAGUCCCACCACAUCCUCCAGUCUGCUGCGACAUGGGGUUGGCAGGGCAUCCACCACUGCAUUCCUGAACAGGAUAAUCAGCGUCGGGCUCUUGUCCACCUCCUCCUCUGUUUCCUGUUUCCAUCUUUUGAGCAUCUUGUUAAUGUAUGCAGUUGGGUUUUCGGUCUCUUGGAGCGGUUCCCCUUUCAAUGCUUUGGGGUCCGUUCGGGUUGGGUAUUCUUUGCGUAACGCCUGCCACAGUGUGGUGCGAUACGCGUUAAACUCUGUCCCAUCCGCUCUUGGGUCGAUCAUCCAUCCAUUAUCACUUUGUCGUAAGAUGUUAUUCAUUGUGGGGGCUCCAAAUGUUUGGGCCCACACGGCCUUGAUGUCUCCCAGAGCUAGCAGUUUUCAGAAGAUUCUAGGUUCGGCUCCUGGCUGGCUCGCCAAUUAUUUAGAAGAUGACCUCGGUGCAAAAGUGCAGAAAUGAACUACACGAAGACAGAAUCAAGCUGGCAGCCUCUCGGCGGGGUUUUUAUUCCGAUCACAGCAUCGAACAAUAGCUCAUGAGCAAUCGAACAGACAGAACCAAAAAACAGCCCAUCCACAUAUCUUUUAUAGUCCUCCAUUGACGUCAGGGACCUUAGUUUUAGCCAAAUGUGCGUGCGAAAGUCCCCUUCGUGACUUUCUCUGCCACUAUCUUUUGGAGCCAGAUUUCCUGUUAUUGCAAUUAAGCUACCAUGAGAGAGGGUCACCAUGACCUGAUAUGAAGUUUAUCCCAAUCUGACCACUCCACCCAUAUCCUGUUUUCUUGCCUCAUGGUAACCCCCAAAACAUCCAAACAUAUCUGUUAUUUUCCCCCACACUAUGCCUAUAGAUUGUUCUAGUCUCUGAAGCAGGAUGGAGUGGUCAAUUGUGUCAAAUGCUGCACUAAGAUCUAACAGGACUAGAACAGAGAGAAAACCACUGUCCGAGGCCAUGAGUAGGUCAUUUGACACCAUUUAUCAACCAUGUGUCUGUACAGAUGUAUUUUCUUAAUGAGUGUGUACGAACAUUCCCACGCAAAGUCUGGAAUUAGUCAACCAGUACUUGUUCUUAGGAACGUGAGUAAAUGGAAGCCCAACUCUGAGCAUGCUUACACACAAACCCUAGUGGUAGAACAGUGAAACUACAACUAGAACCCAUGAAAGCAGUCAAAGCGUUUAGUAAUCUCAAACUUCACACAUGUUCUCUGUUUCCUCUGUACAUAAAUUGAUCAAUUAGUUAUUGAUCAGACAUUUUGAAUGAUUGGUGUGACAAGCUAUAAAAUCAGCUGUGACAGGACAACCUCAAAAGACUGACAAGUACAAAUACAAGUAUCAUGGUUCUGUUUUGGACUAUUGGAGGACUUGGAGAAGCGUCUGCUCCUCCUCAGGGAGCGCAUUUUCUAAGAGCGUGCUGAUCUGUUCAGUGAGAACACAGAGUGGAUUCUCAGCAGGUACCGCUUCCCCAAAAACAUUCGAAUGGAUUUAUGAUCCGUGAUUUGCAACCCGUGUUGGAGCGAGAGACAUAACGCACCAAAGCCAUCCCAGUGACCAUCCAGCUCCUGUCCACCCUAACCCAAACAUUUCAGCCUGAGGUUGGAGACAUAUACGACAUUUCACAGCCAAUAUCCAGUUCCAAAACACACAUCACCAACAAGCCGAAAUAAAAUGAGGAUUUUACGCCAUCGCCGGAUUCCCAAACAUAAUUGGAGCCAUAGAUUUCACCAUAUCGUAAUAAAAGCACCUUCACGCAAUAAAUUCAGUUUAGUCAACAGGAAAGGAUUUCAUUCAAUCAAUGAUCAAUAAUCUGAGAUGCACAUAUGGAUCUGUUAAACAUUGUUGGAGGAAUGCAUGACUCCUUCAUUCUGCAGAACAGCUCUGUGAGUGUGCACCUCCAUGAUUUCAGCGAGGGGGAAAAAAUCCAUUCAGGCAUUUUUAUAGGGAUUGUUGAUACCAUAUAUGGUCAAUUGGAGGCGUUUCUGAAUGUAAAUGACCCUAACCAUGAACGAGCACGCUAGGAAAGAACAGGUGGAAUUUAUCAUCACAGAUUACUUACUAGCGUGUGUACAACUGGUGUCCCCAUGUUUGAGAAAUACAGAUUUUUUUGUUCUUUCACACAUUAGACAUUUCAUUCCUACGACAGAAUUUAGAACCUUUUCUACGCACCAUUGAUAAAUGAGGACCCUGGUCAGGACAGUUUUGAAGUGGGUCACUAAUACUCUUAUGGUAGUAGUAGUAGUAUAGAAGUACAGUAGUUAUCAGCUUUCAAGGAGGAUUUCAGGGGAAGAUGAUGAGAAUGAGUCAAAAUGAAGAGGAAAACCUAACAAGACUAAAUCCUCCUUCAGGCUGUGAAAGGGGGCAGAUUGGAGUCAGGUGGAACAGCUGGACACACAAGGUCCAGAGUACAAUUUGGAGGUCUUCACAGUCCAGUAAACUUGACCUGUUUAUAUGAGACAGGUGUGAGUAUUCACAGAGUAUUCACACAGGAGGUUUAAUUAAAGACUAAAAAGACUCAGUUCUCUCUCACUGAUCCUGGUCCAGGAUUUUCCUUUUCUUCUCUCUUCCUGACUUUUGUUCUUUUUUUCCUUAUCAGAUCGUGAAAACCAGUCCAUGCUGAUCACGUAAGUCCGAAACUGAACUGCUGUAACAGGUAGGGUAGGUAGGAAGGUUGAAUUUAUUGUCCCCGUGAGGAAAUUAAUUUGCAGUAAGUUAAAAACAUGCACAAAGACAGCAUACCUACACAGUUCCAUAAACUGUCCCAUAUAAAACAAAACAAAACAAAACAACUCAGAAAAGACAAUAUAAAAAUACUACUGUAUUGUACUUUGUUAAUUCAAAAAAGUAUUUCAAUAAAUAGUCUUUAAAUAAUGUAUUUGGGCUCAGACCAGCUGAACCAGUAUCUAAAAAUAAAAAAAGAAUAAAGCUGCCCACAAUCUAUUUUAGUUUAUUCAAUUGUAAAAUCACCUGUGGUACAAACGACCGCCUGGACCUGUUCUUGGUGAGGGCUGGGCACCAGUAUUUGCUGCCUGAGGGCAGCAGCUCAAACUCUCUAAGCAAGGGAUGUUUUGAGUCUGAGAGUAUUUUCUCCGCUUUGUCCAGGGCACAGGAUAGAUAAAUGUCCUGUAGGCUGUCCAGGGGAAUGCCUUGGAUUUUGCUCGCAACAGUGAUUAUUUUUCUGAGGGAGCUCUUUUGCGACUAUGUUAAAGCCUCGUACCAACAAACAAUACAAAAUGUCAGAGCGCUCUCAACAAAAGCACUGUAAAACACCCUCAGCAUGGUUUUGUCAACCUGGAGUGACACCAGUUUCUUCAGAAAGUAAAGUCUCUGUUGUCCCUUUAGAACAAAACACAACACCACUCACUGCAUGUCGCCCUAGUGCAGCGCCAACAUGAAGGCAGACAUGUCCCCCUCAUGUUCACCUGGAGAUUAGCUUAGCAUGACCAGCAGCUCCAAACCCUAACCCUUAUUUAUCAUCUCAAACUGUCAAAAUCUUUUUUUCAGCCUCUGACUGAAAGUCUGUAGCUGCUUUUACUGAGGAUUCGACAUGGCUCUGCAGUCAUGAAACAACCUGCUAGUUUUACCUUCGCAGAGAAUGCCUGACGCUAGCACUAAGCACCCAUUUAGCUAAUUUUUCUGCGAGUAGUCAAGGUCUCUGGAGAUUAAGAGCUGAGACUCAAAUCCAGUUCAUCCUGGUCUAACAAAGGAGUCCUCAGUGAAGGGCAUUAGAUGGUUUUCAAUCUUUCCUGUUUUCUGACUUUCAGUCAUUAUAAGAAGAGUCCAGUCUGUGAAGGUUCACCGUUUUAUCUGUAUCCUGUUGGUCUGCUUUGUCCUCUCAGUGGUGAGUCUGGAGCCGGAAAAACCGUCAACACAAAGAGAGUGAUCCAGUACUUCGCCAUCGUCGCUGCGCUGGGAGAAAAUAUCAAAAAGGGAGUGAGUUCAGACUGAAACUGACGUACAUGCAUGUCUGUGUGAGAUCCAGAACAGCCCAGAUCCUCAGUGACACCUGCUGGGGGGGGGGGGGGGGGGGGGGCGUCAGAGAGAGGAACAGCCUCUCACAGCUGCAGAGUCACUCUCUGCCCACAGAGGGGGAUGUUCCUGUGAGAUCGUGUUGCUGCUGAUUUGAAGAGAAGCUUUGAACAGAAGUAAAUGUUAAGUAUAACUUCACUCUGUCCAUGUGGACCCAGGGAUCUUUAGAGGACCAGAUCAUUGAGGCCAAUCCCGCCAUGGAGGCCUUUGGCAAUGCCAAGACCAUCCGCAAUGACAACUCCUCUCGAUUUGUGAGUUCAGACAGUCGUUAACUCUGCUAACGAGGCUGAAGCUGAGGACCACUGAAGUCUGAUUAACAUGUUUACGUGUUUUUAUGUCUCAGGGAAAGUUCAUCAGGAUUCAUUUUGGGCCGACAGGGAGGCUGGCGUCCGCUGACAUCGACAUCUGUGAGUCCCUCUGACCUUUGACCCUGUUUGUUCCUUAAUUUACUUGAACUCCUCAAACUGUGUUUAGAUGAUUUCAGCAAUGUAAUGAAACUAAAAAGUUGACCUCAAUACUGAGUCCAUGUUUCAGGUCCUGACUCUGCUUCUUAUUUGAUCAGAUCUUUUAGAAAAGUCCAGAGUCGUGUUUCAGCAGCCAGGAGAGAGAAGCUACCACAUCUACUACCAGAUUUUGUCAAAUCAAAAGCCAGAACUACAAGGUAACCCCACCCACCACUGCAACCUGUCCAAUCACAAGUCAGAACUAAGAAUGAACCCAAAUGACCUUCACCGACCAUUGUUAUCCAGGAUUACGAUCCUGUUUUUAAUCGUACGGUUCAUCAGGAGCUGCUCUGAAGUCCUUUGAGACGAUUGUUCUGAAGGCUGGAGAGACCAGGUCCUCGUGAUCCAAGCUAACACGUAUAAAAUGUUACACGAACGAUCAUCAGAAUAACACUGACAGACAAGAGAAACACGUUUCCACGGUGACCGUCAUUUUCUCUCUCCUUGUUGAAGAGUUCUUCUGCCCCCUUCUGGCCAAAAACAAGAUUACAUGUUUUUCUCUCUCUUCAGAAACACCAAAAGCUGUCUGCUCACAUGCCUUUAGCGGUAAAUCCAUAACGUAACCCCAUGUGUUGUUGUCUCGUGUUGCAGACAUGCUGCUGGUGACCACGAACCCCUACGAUUACCACUUCUGCUCUCAGGGUGACACCAAAGUGGAAGGGAUCGAUGAUGGAGAGGAGCUGAAGCUGACCGAUGUAGGAAGUUCACCCUGAACGCCCCACAUCCUGUUCAGUCUGCCCACAAGUAAAAUAAAACCAAUUUGUCUGUCCAUGCAGCACGCCAUGGACACACUGGGCUUCACGUCGGAGGAGAAGUACGGCUGCUAUAAGAUCGUGGGCGCCAUCAUGCACUUUGGGAACAUGAGGUUCAAGAAGAAGCAGAGAGAGGAGCAGGCCGAGGCCGACGGCACUGAGAGUAAGACACAGACAGGAGCGAGAAAAUAUACUCACGGAAAUAAGCAAAGAAAAAAAGGAGGGAAAACACAGAAAGUGAAACAAGAGUUAAAACAGGAAACACUGAAAACCGAACCAAGAAACCAAACACUGAAAGACAGGUAGAGAUGCCAGAAACAUAAAGAAUGAUACCACAGAAGAAGAGCAUCGGGAAAAAUAUGUAGAAAAUGAUACUAGAAGAUCUUAACAAACAGAAACUGAUUAUAAUAGAAAGUAAAGGAGAAUAGAAUAGCAAACAAUAGAAAAGCAUCGACUAGAAUAAAAUAAAGUGGAUUAAACUGAAUAAAAUUGAUCAUAACAGAAAAGACUAGAACAGAAUAGAUCAGAAUAGAAAACAAUAGAAUGGAUAAGAAUAGAUCAGAAGCGAUGGAUGGGAUGGGAAUUGAUAAGAUUUUACCGAUAUCUGAAUCCCCAAAGACAGCGCAUGCGUACGUUGUGUCAGUGGCUUUGCUUAGAAGUGAGCGGAGGGGCAGAGAGCAUUAAUGCUCUGCUCUAUUUUCUCGUCAAUGAAUACACGUUCAGGACAUUUUAUGAACUCCCCCAGACAGCCCCCCAAAAGUGGACAUGUCCAGGUAAAAGAAGACGUAUGGUCAUCCUAUCAUAUGUACCUUCAAUGCCGUGCUGAGACUGGGCAGCAGCAUCUGACAAACCAGUGUUCAACAGGUGUUGUGCCGUAGAAUGCCUCCCUGAUGGGGGCGCAGUUGAAACUACAUAACAAGGUGAAAUAAUCCAAUUUUUCUUACCAUUUGGUGGAUUUAAAAGCAUGUGACUUUAAUGAUUUCAUUCAGACUAUUCAGAUAAGCCGAAAAAAAUAGCCCUCUGAUUCAGAAUAUUUACUGUCCCGAAAAUAUAAUAUUCUCUACCUUGACAGCUUACUGUAGAGUUUAUACACCCAAGUACACCUCUAUAUGUGCAUUUUUGAGACACAUAAAAACAGAACGAAAGUUUGCUGCUCUAUUUGGCAUGUUGUUGUAAUCUAAUACUCUAUAUAUAUGAGAUCAUGUUUCUUCCACUUUAAGAAGCUAAUGAGCGGAUGGGAUGCAUUCUACGGCACAACACCGGAGGAGAGCAUGGUAUUCAUGACUCGUUAUAUUUGAUGCUGUGCCCCAUUGACAAAUAUUGAAGCAUGUUGCUGGUGUUUCCACCUUUGCAUGUUAUCGCUGCUCGACAAAUGUUGCACUGUUGUCAUCUUUCUUAGUAAAAUCAAGCCAUGCUUUAGAUCAUUCUGCCUACUUUUCCGAACCAUUCCGAACCGGUUCUCAACAAGAACCAGUUCUCGAUUCCCAUCCCUAAUCAGAACAGAAGAGAAUGGAAUAGAAUAGAACAGAAUUGAGAAUGGAGUUGAUUGUACAGUAUGAUGGGAGGACAGAUGAUGUUAUACGUUGAUGUUUUGUGUACUUAGGUGCAGAUAAGGCAGCAUAUCUGAUGGGUAUUAACCCUGCUGAGCUGAUGAAAGGUCUGCUGAACCCUCGGGUCAAAGUGGGGAACGAGUUCAUCGUGAAAGGACAGACAGUGGAGCAGGUAACCAUCAACAAUCACAUCAGUCACAGUCUGCCUGAUUUUCUGAGCUACAUUCAAGAUCGGCCCUGACUGUCCUUUCUAACGUGUGUUUGCAGGUGAACUAUGCAGUGGCAGCUCUGGCUAAAGCCACGUAUGAUCGCAUGUUUAAAUGGUUGGUGAGUCGUAUCAACUCGUCCUUAUACACCGCUCUGCCUCGCCAAUACUUCAUCGGAGUUCUAGACAUCGCUGGCUUUGAGAUCUUCGAGGUAAAUAGGAGCGAUUGACUGUAAAGAUAAUGUCAAGAUGCCUGGGAUUCUUUGUGUUUUUACAAACAAUCAAAUCAAGAUGCAACAAGGAGGCUCUGCUGUAAAAACCACAAAAAUGCUGUUUAUCUCUGUCUGCAGUUCAAUAACUUUGAGCAGUUGUGCAUCAACUUCACCAACGAGAAACUGCAGCAGUAUUUCAACCACCACAUGUUCAUCCUAGAGCAGGAGGAGUACAAGACCGAAGGCAUCGAAUGGACCUUUAUAGACUUUGGUUUGGACCUGCAGGCCUGCAUUAACCUCAUAGAAAGGGUGAGUUAGAUCACCAUCUUCUGAAAUCUGACCUUUGUGUCACGCAGUGUGAGUUAAUAAAGUCCUUGACAACUUUGAGAUCCCACAUUUUCCAACACACCAUGAAUCUGUUUCUGUUUCAGCCCAUGGGGAUUCUGUCCAUCAUGGAGGAGGAGUGUAUGUUUCCAAAGGCCACAGACCAGAGCUUUAAAACCAAACUCUAUGACAACCAUCUGGGGAAGUCGCCAAACUUCCAGCGGCCGCGACUGGACAAGAAGCGCAAAUAUGAAACGCACUUUGAGUUGGUUCACUAUGCUGGCGUGGUGAGGGUCAGCUGGUAGACUUACCUGUUGUGGGUUUUAAGGACUCAGUGAGGACUGACCGUGAAUCUGAGAUCUGAGUCAUGAAAAUGAUGACAGGCUGACAGCCUAACAUGGUUUUAAUAUAAGAGCAGCAUGUCCCUACAAUCUGACCUCAGAUAUUGAAGAGUGGUAAUCUGUGCUCUUAAAAAAGUGAAGUACUAAAAACUCCAGUUUACUGAGUGUCCACAAGAGAGUGUCUGCAGAAACCACAUACACACUUAUCAAACAAACAUGUUCACAGCCUGGUUCAGUACACACUUCAUAAGCUCCCUCUGUACCCCCUUUCCGAAGGCAUCAGCCAAUCAGAGGUAAGGCUGACUUGACUGACAGGCAGGCACCGUAGCUAUUUGUGAGGCAGCUCAAGUGUGCCCGCCCCUGAUUGGUUGGCCAAAGGCAGGUGGAGUCAGCAUUAUCAAUAUGGAGAGCACUGCUGCUGACGUCGUGACCAACACUGCGUCCAUUAGAUUGUCUACAUCCACAGAUCUGUCCAAAUAGGAAAUCUAGAAGAAGUCACAAUUCUCAGUUCUUCUCUGUCCACACAACAAAAACAACAUCAUCAACAACAACAACAACAACAAAAACAUCAUCAACAACAACAACAAAAACAACCAAAACAAACUCAGCAGUGGACACUGACUGUAGGAUUUUAACACUUUUCUUCUUCUAUAAAACAGAUUCACUACAUUUCACUGAACAAAAAUAAAAAGGAGAUGAACUGUCCUCUUGAUAUUACCAUUAUGACUAAUGUCAUGAGAAACUAUAGAGAAACUAUAGAGAAACAACGGAUUGUUUUCCUUUGGUGAAAGUAUUUAAUUUUUUUACAGUCCACUGACAAAAGUGACAGAAACGAGGUCUGCUUUUCUGCAUAUAAAAAUGAACUUCUUCAGUUCUCAGGAAUAUACUGAUAGAGAAACAAAGAGGUUUGAGUAAUGAGCUUUGAAGAACUCUAUGUUCUUCUCAGACCUGAUGUGACUGAAAUAAAGAAGGAUAGGACUCACAUCAAUCCUCACAUCUUUCUUUGUGUUAAGUUACAUCUUUGUAAAAACUAAACACACUAAAUUUUUGUAUGUAGGUGCCGUACAACAUCACGGGCUGGCUGGAUAAGAACAGAGAUCCUCUGAAUGAGACGGUGGUGGCGCUGUUUCAGAAGUCCUCGAACAAACUCAUGGCUGGACUCUUUGAGAACUACGUCAGCUCUGAGAUGGGUAACUAUCCAAACAAUCAGUGUCUGAAAGGAUUUGUCAAAACUGGAAUUAAAUAAGUUAUGCUGUUUUUUUUUAAUCAGCGAGUGACCCAAAGGCCGAGAACAGACAGAGAAAGAGGAAAGCAGCUUCUUUCCAGACUGUCUCACAGUUACACAAGGUGAGUUCCUCAUACCUGUCACCUCCAACCAAAGCUGUCGGAGCUUUUACACCUGAAUGACCUGUAUUCAUGAAUAAACAGUGUCAGAGAACGCUUGCUGUCAAAUACCACGCCGCUUUAGUUCAGGUGUUUGCAGGGAGCAGGGGGAUCAGGGUUAGAGGUCAGGCUGGAGAGGAAGUCUUCAUCUUGACGUGACAGCCUGCUCCUAUUUUGUGUUUGACUGCAGGAGAACCUGAACAAGCUGAUGGCGAACCUUCGCAGCACUCAGCCUCACUUUGUCCGCUGCAUCAUCCCCAACGAGAGCAAAAACCCAGGUAACCAAUCAAAAGCUGUGGCCUGAGGCCUGCUCCCCAGUUUACCACAAAAACAGACAAAGACCAGGUCCUCUGAGGGGGAAGGACUUUACCGGUACAACUAAAGUUUCCCACCGAACACACACUAGGUACUGAGUGCUUUUAACAGCCAGUAAAGUCGCCCCCUGCUGGACAUCAAAAAAAAUGCAGGAGCGAGGCACUCUCACAUUGACUAAUGAGCCAGGUCAGAGAACAAAUCUCUGACAUCUGACAUAAAUAAUGGAGGGAAAAAUGUCUUACCUUCACUCUGGUGUCUAAAACAGUCAAUUAUCAGUCAUCCAGCUCCAACAUGUUAAUAAUCCACCGAGAUUAUUCCUGUUUAUGUUCAGUAAUUUGUAGGUCAACCGUAAACCUUAUUUGGAGGCAUGUGGACAGACCGUGAACCAACUCAUUCACUUGAGUAUUCUUUUAUUCUUCACCCAGCAACAACCACAUAUACAAAGGUUCCUACCUUGUAUUGACUAUCACUACAUCCCCCUUUCUAAUUGGGAGUCUUUACCAGGGAGGAAUGCAAGAAGAACAUUCUGGAACUGUUACGCUGUUAGCUCUGCUCUUUUCACAAGCAUACUGUAACUGCUAGCUUGGAGAUUCAAGUAUUAUCAGAACAAGAAAUCACAAUCACUAAGAACACUUGUGAUUUCUCACUUAGUUUGUAGACAUUUUUCUGAAGUUAUAGAACACAAACCUUUUUCAGUGCUUCUCUAAACAUGCAUAGACAUACACAUCCCUUUUGUAUACAAAACAAAUCUUCUUGAGUUUAAACAACAUAAAACAUCACAAAAUCACAACACAACAAUCUUACAUUGUCUCUUUUCUUUUCUAUUUUUUUCGUGUGUGUGUGUGUGUGGUGAGUGCGUGUAUGAGUGCAUGAGUGAAUGUAUAAGGGAUGGGGUAGACUGCCCAAACCCUUCCACUCGAGUGAGGGGAUUAUUCUGCCCCGAAGUCACUCAGUGUAUGUUGUCAUGUCACAUAGUCUUGUAAGUGCACUGGGGUUUUCAUCAAUGGGAUCUCCAUUAAACUGUGGUGUGAUGUGAUGAGCUGCUGUGAAAGAUGUAGCUUUGUGAACACAGGUGCAUCUGUGUGGAUGAGAGGAGACAGGUGCGUCAAUGAGGAAGACUUUGGUGAAGUUUAUACAGUUAAUACCGAUGUUUACUUCAGAUCGCUGCUGUGUGUGUGUGUGUGUGUGUGUGUGCGUGUGUGAAACGUUGUGAAAGAUCCUCAGUGUGUGAGCCUCUCUACCAGUAGAGACUGAACAUCGUUUGUCCUGCUCGUUUGAGUGGCUGGGGCAAAAUAGUAGGGAACAUUUAUUGAAACUUUCCACGCUGUGCGUACAGCUUUCUGAUGAAGUCGGCUGUAAAUUGGUCUAUUUCCAACCGCUUGGGACUCUGCUACAUGUACUAAUAGCCAGUGAGCCCCCCGUCUUUCUGUCAAAGACCCAAACACAGAGUGAACCUGAAUCACUUACAUUUUGAGGAGGGGAGGACUCAAACCUUGGUGCUCUCCAGGUGUGAUGGAUCCCUUCCUGGUCCUCCACCAACUGAGGUGUAAUGGAGUCCUGGAGGGGAUCAGGAUCUGCAGGAAGGGCUUCCCCAAUCGUAUCUUCUAUGCUGAGUUCAAGCAGAGGUCAGUCCCAAACCAAACCAUUUCAGAAACACCAGUUCAGGUUCCAGCUGGGUCCAGAUCCGCUUCAGGUCUUCACCUGUUCUCUUUAUCUGUAGGUAUCGGAUCCUGAACCCUUAUGCCAUCCCAGAGGACUCCUUUGUGGACAGCAGGAAGGCUGUGGAGAAGCUCCUGGGCUCUCUGGACAUCGACCACUCUCAGUACAAAUUUGGACACUCAAAGGUCAGACUGAGGCGGCUGAAUCAGAGCUGUGGAUGGAGAGGAGGAUAGACCUUCAUCAGAUCCUCUUUCUCUUCCUCUCAGGUGUUCUUCAAAGCAGGUUUGCUGGGUCUGCUGGAGGACAUGAGGGACGCCCGGUUGUCUCAGAUCCUCACCAUCGUCCAGGCCAUGUCCAGAGGAAAACUGAUGAGGAUGGAGCGACAUAAGAUGAUGCUGCAGAGGUGGAUAUGCCCGUCAACACCAGAGCAGCAGAGAGCAGCAGGUGAUCCAACAUGUUCCUGUCUGUUCCUGCUUUCAGAGACGCUGUGAUGGUGAUCCAGUUCAACCUCAAGGCCUUCUUCUCUGUGAGGACUUGGCCAUGGAUGAUGCUCUUCUAUAAGCUCCGCCCCCUGCUCAGGAGUGCCCAGGUGGAGAAGGAGCUGGCUGCUCUCCAUGAAGAAUUCAAAAAACUGAAAGAAGCCUUUGACAGGUUCUUAUGCCUGUACAGGUGUCCUCAGAGAUUUAAGGGUUCAGGUUCAUAAAAACAUCCUGGAUCAUCUCUCUCUUUCUUUCGCUCUCUCCCUCUCUCUCUCUUUCUCUGUCUCUCUCCCUCUUUCUCUCUCUCUCUCUUAGGUCAGAAGCACGGCGUCUGGAGGCCGAGGAGCGGCAGGUGGUUUUGGUUCAGGAGAAAAAUGAUCUGGCUCUGCAGCUCCAAGCUGUGAGUCAAACUUCAGAAAUGAUCAUGCCAGCUGAUAUUCCAAACCUCUUUCUGAUCCAGAACCUCCUGAUCUCCAUCAUCAUCAACAACAAAAUAGCGGCGCUGCAAACAUCAUGAGCUUCUCAUAUCAUUCGAUGUCCUGCAUUGACUCUGAGAUUUACCACAGACUCUCAUUUUGAUCCUCCAGGAGCAGGACAACCUGACAGAUGCAGAAGAUCGCUGCAACCAGCUGAUUCAGUCCAAAAUCUCUCUGGAGUCAAAGCUGAAGGAGAUGCAGGAGCGUCUGGAGGAUGAGGAGGAGAUGAGCAUCAACCUGACGUCCAAGAAGCGUCAGCUGGAGGACGAGGUGGCCGCCCUGAAGAAAGAGGUGGAUGAUCUGGAGAUGACUCUGGCUAAAGUGGAGAAGGACAGGCAUGGAGUGGAGAACAAGGUGUGUCAGCAUGAAGCCAGGUGUUUUGUUUUGGAGCUUCAGAGGAUCUGACGAGGUUUAAGGUUUUUCUCUCUCUGCCCAGGUGAAGAACCUGUCCCAGGAGAUGUGUGCUCUGGAUGAAUCCAUUGCCUCUCUGACCAGAGAAAACAGCGCUCUGCAGGAAGCUCAUCAGCAGGCACUGAAUGACCUUCAGGCUCAGGUGGACAAGGUCAACAUGCUGGCCAAAGCUAAGACGCGGCUGGAGCAGCAAGUGGACAACGUAAGACUGCAAGACCUGCCUCUGUGCUGGUCUAUCUCAUGAGCUUUAUAAGUCUUACAGGUUUUCUGUCGACACACUGGAAACUCAAGUGGUCCCUCAAAAGGUUCCUGAGGGAAGUUUUUGCUGUUCCCUCAUAUUAGCCCAGAACGGUCCGUGUACUUAGCGGCCAUCCAUUUUCCGUGUUGAUAUGGGUAAACAAAGAACAGGAAACCAUCUGAUCUCCGAUUUUCGUUUGGGUGAAGGUAAAUGAAAAACGGGAAACAAGCCAUCUCCUGAUUUUCGUUUGGAGAUAAAAAAUCAAAAAACGGAAAACGAGCCUUUAUCUGAUUUUCUACUGGGGACAAGAGCCCCUCAGAGAGCACCUCCAUUUAACUAUGUCAGCUAACAUUAAUGAAUGUUAGCCAAAGUGACAUUAGCCCCCACAAACAUCAUCGUGUCAUGUUUACUCACCUGGAAAAUUCUGCAUAGUUUCUCCAAUGUUAAGUCUUCUUCUCAGAGACUCACCCGUCUCCCAGCACGAAAAAGUAUGUACUACAUCGACAUCGCUUGAACAGUUUGAGAAUAAAUGAGGCUGCAAGUGCGGCAAGCCAAUAAUAUCACUGGGGAGCAGUAAGACGCCGUAGUGUAGUUUCCAAAGCAAACCAAAGAAGCAGCAGGAGGAGGUCUUUCCGGGUUUAGGCAAAGCUGUUAGGAAUUACAGUCGUAUUUCAUUUCCCAACUUGUGUAAAAAUAAACCCAUAGCAGAAAAUAAAAUAAAGGUUUGUGUCCCAUUUUUCAUUUACCUUCACCCAAACGAAAAUCAGAGAUCGGAUGGUUUCCCAUUUUUCGUUUACCCAUGUUAACAUGAAAAAUGGAUAGCCGCUAAGUACACGAACCCAGAACCUUUUUUAAGGAUUCCUGGAAAAUUACAACUGCUGACAGAGACAAGAUUUACCUCUGAACCUAGGACUGGGCGAUGAUAUGAUCAUGAUUAAUGACUGUGAUAAUUUCAGUUCGAUCACGGUGAUCAGCUGUGAGCAUAUUUACUCGAUCAAACAUACUGGAAAUGUGCGUCACAAUAACCAAUCAGAGUCGAGCUUUUCCUGCUGACUUCUGUAAGUUGUCGGAGAGGUAAACAGGAAGCAAACAGAAUGACUGAACAUGGAGCUAAACGUGGAGCUGAGGGCAGCGAAAUAGAUGUCAGCCAUGACUUUGAGUCUUCCUCUAAAGAUGUUAUUGUUGAGAAGAAAAGUUAUUCAACAUCGGUUGUGAGGCGGUGGCUCGGGUUCGGGUGGUUCGGGUUUCUCCAAAGUUUUGUUAUUUACUUUGAAUGUUAAAAAAAUGUUGAACUAAAUUCUAGUUUCUUUAGUUUUUAGUACAGAUGCUUUAAAACUGGCAGUUUAAAAAAAUUGUGAUUAUAAUCGAGAUCGGACGAUAUGACAAAAUAUAUCAUGCUAAUGUUUUUUUCAGUCCCACCUGAACCUGUCUCUGUAGACUCCUUAAAGACUUUGUGAUGACUAAACCAAUAAAGGACCACCAGGAACUUCUCAGGAACUCCAGAGAGCAGCUGAGGAGAGCCAGAAGUCCUCUGUUUUGGUGAUUUUGAGAUUUCAGGCGCAGACUUAGGGCAGAUAAACCUGAACAUGGCGGGUCCUGAUAAACUAUAAAAGUGAGGUCCUCUCUCUCAGUUUCUGGUCCUGAUGGUGUUCCUCCUCUGGUAUCUGGCAGGUGGAGAGCUCCUUGGAGCAGGAGAAGAAGGUGAGAGCAGACCUGGAACGAGCUAAAAGGAAGCUGGAGGGGGAUCUGAAGCUGUCUGUGGACUCAGUGAAGGACCUAGAGAACCAAAAGGAAGGUCUGGAGGAGAGACUGAAAAAGUAAGGAGGGAAAAAACUGAAACAGGAAGUUCUGAUUAUUUUUGAGUUACUGACCAAAAUGAGGACUGAUCCAGACCUCCUCUUGUCUCCUGUCCCCCAAAGGAAAGACUUUGAGCUGGGUCAGAUCCAGGCCAAGAUGGAGGACGAACAGAGCAUAAACGCUCAGCUGCAGAAGAAGAUGAAGGAGCUUCAGGUGAGUCCAGAUCAAACCCGUCUGAUCUGGAUCCUUCCAAUCUGCUGCUGCUGCUAAACCUCUGUGCUGCGGUCGCUCCCUCAGACUCGUAUUGAGGAGCUGGAGGAAGCGCUGGAGGCAGAGCGAGCGUGGCGAAGCAAAGCUGAACGCCAGAGGAAUGACAUUGCCAGAGAGCUGGAGGACCUGGGAGAGAAACUGGAGGAGGCGGGAGGAGCGUCUGCUGCUCAGAUCGCUCUGAACAGGUGUGCACGUGCAACCACAUGAAGAAGAGUGAAACAGUGAAAAUGUGAAAAUAAAAGCAUGAAAAAGAUUGUUCAGUGAGAAAACCUGCUCUCUAAAGUACAAAACCCAAUUCCAUUGAAGUUGAGAAAUUGUGAUAAACGUAAAUAAAAACAGAAUGCAAUGAUUUGCAAAUCCUUUUCAACCUAUAUUCAAUGGAAUACACUACAAAGACAAGAUAUUUAAUGUUCAAAGUCAUAAACUUUAUUUUUUUUGGAAAUAAUAAUUAACUUUAGAAUUAUAUGGCUGCAAAAUGUGCCAAAGUAGUUGAGACAAGGGCAUGUUUACCACUGUGUUACAUCACCUUUCCUUUUAACAACACUCAAUAAAUGUUUGGGAACUGAGGAGACUCAUUGGUGAAGCUUUGAAGGUGGAAUUCUUUCCCAUUCUUGCUUGAUGUACAGCUUCAGUUGUUCAACAGUCCGGGGUCUCCGUUGUUGUAUUUUAUGCUUCAUAAUGCGCCACACAUCUUCAAAGGGAGACAGGUCUGGACUGCAGGCAGGCCAGUCCAGUACCUCUUUUACUACAAAGCUACGCUGUUGUAACACGUGCAGAAUGUGGCUUGGCAUUGUCUUGCUGAAAUAAGCAGGGGCUUCCAUGAAAAAGACAUUGCUUGGAUGGCAGCACAUGUUGCUCCAAAACCUGUAUGUACCGUUCAGCAUUAAUGUUGCAUUCACAGAUGUGUAAGUUACCCAUCUCUUGGGCACUAAUGCACCCCCAUACCAUCACAGAUGCUGGCUUUUGAACUUUGCGUUGAUAACAGUCGGGAUGGUUCUUUUCCUCUUUGGACUGGAGGACACAACGUCUAAUAUUUCCAAAAGCAAUUUGAAAUGUGGACUCGUCAGACCACAGAACACUUUUUGACUUUGCAUCAGUCCAUCUUAGAUGAGCUCGGGCCCAGAGAAGCUGGCGGCGUUUCUGGAUGUUGUUGAUAAAUGGCUUUCGCUUUGCAUAGUAGAGUUUUAACGUGCACUUACAGAUGUAGCAACAAACUGUAUUUACUGACAGUGGUUUUCUGAAGUGUUCCUGAGCCCAUGUGGUGAUAUUCUUUACACACUGAUGUCAGUUUUUGAUACAGUGCCGCCUGAGGGAUCAAACGUCACAGGCAUUCAAUGUUGGUUUCCGACCGUGCCGCUUACAUGCAGUGAUUUCUCUGAUCCUUUUGACGAUAUUAUGGACCGUAGAUGUUGAAACCCUUAAAUUCCUUGCAAUCAUACUUUGAGAAACUUUGUUCUAAAACUGUUGGACUAUUUGCCCACACAGUUUUUCACAAAGUGGUGAACCUCACCCCUUCCUUGCUUGUGAAUGACUGAGAAUUUUUGGGGAAGCUGCUUUUAUACCCAAUCAUGGCACCCACCUGUUCCCAAUUAGCCUGCUCACCUGUGGGAUGUUCCAAAUAGGAGUUUAAUGAGCAUUCCUCAAAUUUCUCAGUAUUUUUUGCAACCUUCCCCAACUACUUUGGCACGUGUUGCUGCCAUGAAAUUCUGAGUUAAUUAUUAUUUACCAAAAAAAAAAAGUUUAUGAGUUGGAACUUUAAAUAUGUUGUCAUUGUAGUGUAUUCAAUUGAAUAAAGGUUGAAAAGGAUUUGCAAAUCAUUGUAUUUCAUUUUUAUUUACAAUUUACUCAUCUUCCCAACUUCAUUGGAAUUUGGUUUUGUACUUCCUAACACUGGGUUAGUGAUACAGAUUUUUUUUAAAGUCAUAAUAAACAGAUUUUCUGUGAGAGUUACUGCUGUAAGCAGAGGUAGACUGGAGCACGGCUAAGGUCAACAUGUGUGUCCUGUCAGAAGCUGAGAAAAGACCGCUCUUAUAGGGAAAGGGUUAAAAUUGGUCAUCUUUGAAACAUCUAACUGAUGUUCUGAAUAUGAAACCAUGAUCAGAGAUGGUUCACCUGUCUGAGUACUUUUAUUAAACGUGAAUAUUAUCACCUGUUACACUUUUUUAACCCUUUCAGCUCCAAAACCAAAAGAAACCACACUUGUGUUUACUUUGUGACCACUCAUUGACUCCUUGUCUAACAGAAAGAGGGAGGCCGAUUUCUUAAAGGUACGCCGGGAGCUGGAGGAGGCGGGGCUUCACCAUGAGGUGACGGCCGCCGCACUCAGGAAGAAGCACUCUGACAUGGUGACUGAGCUGAGCGAGCAAAUCGACACUCUGCAGAGAACCAAACAGAAACUGGAGAAAGAAAAGGCAGAGUUUAGACUGGAGGCCGAAGACCUGACAUCGAACAUGGAGCAGCUGUCCAGAGCAAAGGUGGGGACCAUCAAGACCACGCCCACAAAACAAACCUAACAAGACCACACCCACAAAACAGACUUAAUAAUACCACGCCCAGAAAAACAGAAUUAAUAAGACCACGUCCACAAAACAGACUUAACAAGACCACGCCCACAAAACAAACCUAACAAGACCACACCCACAAAACAGACUUAAUAAUACCACGCCCAGAAAAACAGAAUUAAUAAGACCACGUCCACAAAACAGACUUAACAAGACCACGCCCACAAAACAAACCUAACAAGACCACACCCACAAAACAGACUUAAUAAUACCACGCCCAGAAAAACAGAAUUAAUAAGACCACGUCCACAAAACAGACUUAACAAGACCACGCCCACAAAACAAACCUAACAAGACCACGUCCACAAAACAGACUUAACAAGACCACACCCACAAAAAAAACCCUGAUUUAUCAACACCACACCCACAAAACAGACUUAAAAAGUCUACGCCCAGAAAAAAACACUUAUCAAGACCACGCCCACUUAACAGACUUAACAGGAUUACGCCCACAAAACAGACUUAACAAGACCAUGCCCACAAACAAACUUAACAAGACCACACCCACAAAACAGGCUUUAUAAGACCACGCCCGGGAAAACAAACCUAACAAGACCACACCCACAAAACAGACUUAAUAAGACCACACCCAGAAAAAAAAACCCUGAUUUAUCAACACCACACCCACAAAACAGACUUAAAAAGUCUACGCCCAGAAAAAAACACUUAUCAAGACCACGCCCACUAAACAGACUUAACAGGAUUACGCCCACAAAACAGACUUAAUAAGACCACGCCCACAAAACAGGCUUUAUAAGACCACGCCCGGAAAAACAGACUUAAUAAGAACACGCCCACAAUACAGACUUUACAAGACCACACCCACAGACCAGACUUAACAAGGCAUUGCCCACAAAACAGACUUUAAGGUCACAAAACAAAAUUAACAAGACCACACCCACAAAACAGACUUAAUAAGACCAUGCCCAGAAAAGCAGAGUUAAUAAGACCAUGGCCACAAAACAGACUUUACAAGACCACGCCCACAAAACAGACUUAACAAGACAACACCCACUAAACAGACUUAAUAAGAACACGCCCGAAAAAACAGACUUCAAAGGCCACACCUAUAAAACAGACUUAGCAAGACCACGCCCAGAAAAACAGAAUUAAGAAGACCAAGCCCACAAAACAGAUUUUUCAAGACCGUGCCCACAAAACAGACUUAUCUGAUCACAACUCGGGCAUGUUUAAAAAACUCUAUAAACAUCUAUAAAUCCCUGUAAAGGUCGAUUUCUUUUACAUCUUCAUCAUCACAAACAAGUCAAACAAGUCAGAUGAUUUUAUUUCUAUUAAAUUGUUUUUACCUGUCUAAGACACCACACCAAAGGUGGCUCCACUAUCAUGAAUCUGUAUGUGUGUGCAGGGAGCCGUGGAGAAGAUGUGUCGUGUUUAUGAGGACCAGCUGAAUGAGAGCAGGAGUAAAUCUGAAGAGCUGCAGAGACAACUGACUGAAGUGUGUGCUCAGAAAACCAGAGCUGUAGCUGAGACCGGUACGACACACACACACACACAAACACACACACACACACACGUAUUGAAGAAUAAAUUAAGGAGAAAUCGCUCUUCUGGAACUAUCUUUCUCAGAGAAAAGGAGAAAAAAAUCACCAGAAACAGAGAAAUACUGAAUCAAGAAUGUUUGUUAGAUUUCUCCUUCUUCUUCUCCUUUCUCGUCUUUCUUUCUUUUUCUUCAUUUUCUUCUUCCUCCCUUUCUAGUUCUUCUUCUUCUAUAACUCCUUUCUCUUAUUUUUCCCUUCUUCUUUUUCUGAUUCUACUCUUUCUUUUUUUCCUCUUCUUCUGACUAUUCCCUUUUUUUCUACCAGCUGAGUACAGCCGCCGUGUAGAGGAGCGGGACGCUCUUAUUGGUCAGCUCCAGCGCUCCAGGGCGGGGAUCUCCCAAAACUUUGAGGAUCUGAAGAAGCAGCUGGAGGAGGAGAGCAAAGUAAGACUGAAGAUCCUGAUUAGACCUCCUGAUGCUGGGUCAGGUCUGAGUCUGAGUCCCCCCCAUCAUGACCCCCCCCAUGUCUGACGGAAGGACAUCAGCUUCAGUUGUGAAGGACACACUCGAGUGUCUGAAUGUUUGUGUGUUUCAGGCUCGUGUCUCUCUGGCUCAUGCUGUUCAGUCGUCCCGUCAUGACUACAGUCUGCUGAAGGAGCAGCUGGAGGAGGAGCAGGAGGCCAAGGCGGAGCUGCAGAGGGCGCUGUCCAACGCCAACAGCCAGGUGAUCCAAUGGAGGGCCAAGUACGAGACGGACGCCGUCCUGAGGAUUGAGGAGCUGCAGGAGGCAAAGUAAGAGACGCUUAAGUAAAAAGGCUGCUGUGAGAAAAUCCAUGAAAAAACACAAGUUUAAAAAAUAAUCAAAAUCCAUGAAAAAUAUAUUUGAAAAAAAAAUUCAUGAAUUUAUUUUUAAAAAAGUAUACAAAAUUCAUGAAAAAAUAUAUGAAAAUAAACAAAAUCCAUGAAAAAAAAACAAAACAAAAAAAAUCCAUGAAAUAAUAUAAACAUUAAAAAAAUAAACAAAAUCCAUGAAGAAAAUAAUUUUGAGAAAUCAACAAAAUCCAUGAAAAUAUAUAUUUAAAAAAAAUCCAAGAAAAAAAUAAUUUAAAGAAUAUACAAAAUCCAUUGAAAAAUAAAUAAAAUCCAUGAAAAAAAAAAUAAAUAAAAAAUAAACAAAAUCCAUGAAAAAAUACAGUAAAAACAAAAUAGAGGAAAAAUAAAUAAAUUAAAAACAUAUAUAAAUUCCGUGAAAGUCUAUGACUGCUCUGAAGACGGAUAGACAGACAGAAAGACAGCUGGGCAGAACCUUAAGUCCUGCUGGGUCUUCAGGUUUUGGAGCUCUUCUUUCUCGUGGUUUUCCUUUGGAGAAUAUUUUAGGAUCAUUUCUUCACCGUAAAAAAAGCAGCAGCUGCUGUUGUGUUGUUCAGUCCUCAGUUGCGCUAAGUUGCUUUGAUAAUGAUGGUGGUUGACAGAUGCUAAAUAAUCUUCAUCAAGAGAACUGAGACAACGUAAUCAAACACACUCAGAUGCAGCAAUAAGAACGAGACAGUUGACCUCAUGAUUCAGUCUCCUCCUCAUGAAAGACGACGGUCCUAACCAGCUGCAGAAGAAGCUGCAGGUUUCACACCUGAACUGUUUGGAUGGAUGCGAGAAGAGUCCUUUUCCAGUUAUGGAGGCAGAAACCUCCUUGUGUUUGUGUUUGUAUACAGGAAGAAGUUGGUGGUCAAACUUCAGACAGCUGAGGAGGCCGUGGAGACUUCUCAGGCCAAAUGUUCAUCUCUGGAGAAGAGCAAACUGCAUCUGCAGACUGAAAUUGAAGACCUGGUUGUUGAGUUAGAGCGAGCAAACUCUGCCACUCUAGCUCUGGAGAAGAAGCAACGUAACAUUGACAAGGUGGGUCAGAACGAGGAGGAAAGAGUGGACACAGAGCAGGAACUUCUCUGGAACCUUUGACAUGAGGAAUAACACUGUCCUCCUCCUUGUUGUUGUUCGGUGCAGCUGUUAGGAGACUGGAAGCUAAAGUUUGAGGAGAGUCAGGCAGAGCUGGAGGCGUCACAGAGAGAGUCGCGCAGUCUCAGCACCGAGCUCUUCAAACUGAAAAAUUCCUACGAAGAAGCUCUGGACCACCUGGAGACGGUCAAACGAGAAAACAAGAACCUGCAUGGUAACCCCCGUUCCCCAGUCUGUCCUCACACCACGAAAUGCGAUGCAUCUAUAUGUACAUCUAUGUGUGUGUGUAUAUAUAUAUAUAUAUAUAUAUAUAUAUAUAUGUAUAUAUGUAUAUAUGUAUAAUGUAUGUAUAUAUGUGUGUGUGUACACACACACACACACACACACACACACACACACACACACACACACACAUAUAUAUAUAUAUAUAUAUAUAUAUGUGUGUGUGUAUAUAUAUAUAUUAUAUAUAUGUAUAUAUAUAUAUAUUUAUAUAUAUUUGUAUAUACAUUUGUAUAUACAUAUUUAUAUGUAUCUAUAUCAGGCACUUGUUUUUAUUGUUUUAUAUCAAAGAUUUAUUUUCAGGCUUUUAGGAGACAGGAGGACAGAGAGAGACAGACACUCAGAACAGUGUUGAGACCAAACACGGAGAGUCGUUUUUUAACCUCAUUAGAUAACCCAAAGUCUUUUUUAUCUGCUCCAUAAUGAUAUAAAUAACAAUGACAUUCAUAUUAAUAAAAGCAAUACUACUACUACGACGACUACUACUAAUACUACUACUAAUAAUAAUAAUAAUAAUAAUGAGAAAAUUCCUGUUGGAAAUUUGAAAGGGCCACACAUGUGAACAUUAUGAUGAUUUAUAAUAUAAUGUAAUAUGAGUUCUUCUUUUAGGUUUACAUAUAUAAAAAAAAGGAGCAGUAGACAUCUGAAAAACUCCAAGAAUCAGUAAUUGCUCUUUUUUUUUACCUUAAAAAAUUUCUGUAGUUUUUCACAAUCCAAAAAAUUCAAAUAGAAAAAAAAAAAAAAAAAACUGCAGUUCCUCAAGUGUCCCCUAGAGGCCUAACCAAACCCCCAAACACAUCAGUCAGGGUCGACUGAAGGUCAAACGCAUCAGGGUCGACUGUGGGUCAAACAUGUCAGGGUGAACUGAGGAUGGGUGUAGUUGUCAGUCAAGUGGGUCCUGGUCUGUUUCAGUUCCUCCUCUUUGAACCUGUCAGGUUAAAUCAGCUUCUUCAUAUGUCGACUCACCAUCUUUGGGUUUCAUGACGCCCCAACAGAAACCAAGACUGUGUCCAUGUUUCAGGCUCUCAGGGACCAACUGGUGUUUGGGUUCCAGCGUCCUCAUACACAAUCACUUUCAAGGCCAAUGAUCUGAGCUCAACAUGCAGACGAGAGAUUUAGACCAAGUCUAGGAUCAGGGAUGGUUCAUUCAGCCUCAGUCAUCAGACAUCUACUUUGAACAUCGGAGUCCCGGUCUCAUUCAGGGUUCAGAUCCUCUAUAACUUAGGCUAUGUUCACACUGCAGGUCAGUUCCGAUUUUUUAACCAUAUGUGACACAUAUCUGAUUUUUUCAUCUAAGUGUGAACAGUGCAAUUCUGAUUUUUUCAAAUCCAACCCAGGCCUCUUUUGUAUGUGGAUAUAAAUUGGAUAUGUACCGAUGUGACUGCAGUGUGGACGCUCAGGUCGCAUUCAUCCGACCUAUACGUCAUCAGUAUGCGACCAACGUCACCAUUGUUCAACAACACGUCAUGCUUUGUGCCCAUGCGGGUCACUUCACGGACAUAUUCCGUUCACAUAAGAUGCCGCAUUUGUUGUUGUAAUGUGAACGAUCGGGUUGGGUAUCGAGAAUCGAGUAUCGAUGGGGACCGGGACAGAUAAGUGAAACCAUAAAUUACUUCUGUCCUCUGCUAACUUUGAAGCAGACAAAUUGUACUGUGUACGGUGAGUAAACUUAAAUAUCCAACUAACGUUAGCCCUUGCACUUUUUCAUAGACAAACGACCUGACAACAAAAAUUGAUAUUUAUAUACUGGUUGAAAAUAGCCUUGUGAGAAAUUCAAAAUAAAGUUCUUAAAAAGUUAAUAUGAUUUAAAAAUACAUGGAGAAGUUCAGAAAUUUCAUCCAAAAAGAAGAGCUCCGGUUAGCGCCCUCAUUCAAAGCAUGCUUUUUUUUUUUUUUUUUUUUUUUGAUAUCCUGCCUUUUAAAAGAAUCGAAAUAGAGAAUGGAUAGGAAUCAGAAUCGAAAUGAGGAAUCGAAAUGGAAAUCGGAAUCUUUCAAAAUCAAAGGAUACCCAACCCUAGUGAAUGACCGCACAAAAAGAUCGGAUUUAACAAAAAAUCCGAAUUGUCCAUCAUAACCUACAGUGUGAACGUAGCCUCAAUAUCUAGUCUCAUUGGAUUUGGGCGGGGUUUAAGGAUGUGUACCUAAGAUCUGUCUCCAAACUCUUCAAACAGACGAGAUCCUGGACCUGACGGAUCAGAUCAGCCUGGGCGGUAAAACCAUCCAUGAGCUGGAGAGGACCAGGAAAAUCCUGGACAUCGAGAAGAGCGACAUCCGAGCAGCUCUGGAGGAAGCUGAGGUAAAAAACUUAAACUGCUGCAGACUCACCUGUCAGACCUUCACCUUCUAAUCCACCUCAAACCGGUCUCCGUCUGUCAGGGCACUCUGGAGCACGAGGAGGGGAAAACUCUGAGGUUUCAGGUGGAGCUGCAGCAGAUGAGGACGGAGAUUGAGAGGAAGAUUGCAGAGAAAGACGAGGAGAUCGAAAACCUCAGGUAUGAACUCAGACAGACGAUUAAAGGUGCGAGUUACCAUAGCAACGAACCGGCCAGUGAGGGACAAACAAAGUUUCAAUCUGUUUAAAAUAAUAAAAAAAAAACAAUACCAAAACUGUCCACCAGGCGGAGCCAUCAACGAUCUCUGGAGACCAUGCAGGCCAGUUUGGAGGCGGAGGUUCGCAGCCGCAGUGAGGCGGUCCGACUGAGGAAGAAGAUGGAGUCAGACCUGAAUGAGAUGGAGGUCCAGCUGGGACACGCCAACAGGCAGGCGGCCGAGAACCAGAAGCUCAUCAGAUACCUGCAGACCCAGGUGGACCUAGCUUAGCUUCAAUCUUGGAUCUAAAGAUGGUUGGACAGGUGUCUUCUCAGAGCUGAGGAACCUUUGGAUGAAGUUUGCUGAUGUUCUCAGUCUGUAGCCAGGCUAAUAGCAGAUGGCUAACUCUAACUUUAGCUUGCAAAUUACAUGGUGCUUCACAGUUAACUCGGCGUGACUGAGACCAGCACAGCGGGGAACAUCGUGAAAUGGGUUGAACUGAAACUUGUUGAUUUAUUGUGUAUUUCACUAACUUGUUUAUUUACCGUUGAGGCGGACCACUCUCCUCCGUGCAUCUUAGCUGCCUACUUCAGAUCCGUCGCUCUGCUGUGCUGUGAGGUAGUUAGUGGAUGAAGAUUGUCAUGAGUUUGCUGCGCCACCUACAGGAAAAGUGGUGAACUUUUCAAAUGGCGAACAUUUUUGAAGUGAAACUGAGUCUUAUUCUUUGCGUUUUAUUUCUGAAAAUAUUGGCGAAAAUCAGCGAGUUUUGGCCGAUUAUCAAUUAGUCUCAAACGGGCUAAACUUGUCGGCUUGCCGAUAAAUCAGUCGGGCCCUAAUUGAUAUCUAUGCCAUUAUCUAUUCUACUUAUCAAUUCAAUUCUUUAAUGAUUCCCUUAUCAAUGCUUUUCUUUGAUUUAAAAAUAGUAGACUUAAAGGUUUUCACCGUUAACUCAAAAUAACAGAAAUGAUGCAUGCCACCUUUAGUGAGAGUCUAAAAAAAAUAAUAAUCAAACGACAAACUAUUUGCACAGCAUUUACUUUGGUAAGUAUUAAGUCAAAUUAGGGUGACCAUAUUCUGGAUCCUCACAAAGAGGACACUACUAUGCGGAGUGGAGUUGUGCGCAAAAUUUUGAGCCACGCUUUAGCUCAUUUCUGCCGACUUUUCGUACCGUCUGCCAUGUUUUUUCCUCUGUCCAUGUUUUCGUUAGCGUAGACUGGCACUCGCAAGACUGUUUUUAAACGCACCCGCAAGAAAGGAAUUGUUGAUGGAUUGAACCAUUUGAAACCAGUUCUCAACAAGAACCGGUUCUUGAUUCCCAUCCCUAACCAGACUAGACAGUAACCCUCUGAACCAAAACUGUUCCAUCUCUGACGUCACUGUGUCCUGUACUCUGAUAGGUCAAAGAGCAGCAGGUGGAGCUGGAGGAUAAAGUCCAGCAGACCAAUCAGCUGAGAGAACAGAUUGUUCUGUUGGAGAGACGCUGUUCUCUGAUGAUGGCUGAGGAGGAGGAGCUCCGUGGCGUUCUGGAACAAACAGACCGCAUUCGCAAGGUGGCCGAACACGAGCUGGUGGAGGUGUCAGAGAGAGCCAACCUGCUCGCCACACAGGUAACCAUGACCUCUGAUUGGAUGGGUCAUAAGCAAUUACAAUCAGAGCUGGGCACAGGUGAUACAAGGCUCACUGCCAACCUGUUAACUAAGAUAACGGUAUCAGUCCGGUCCAAGUCUGCUGGUCCACUGGAGAACUGAUCAGAACCAUCAUGGGUCCAAAAAGGUCCUCAUAAAAACUACAAAGGCGGAGUUUGUGAUCCAUCAGAGCGGGUUUGAUCCUCCUACCUCCUCAGGUGACCUACCUGAGUGUAGGCUUUCCUGACCGGGUCAUUUGGACCAGCAGGUUCUGACUCAGUCACAGUGUGAUUAAUGAGCUGGACCAUCAUCAUCAUCCUGAUCUGAGCUCAGCGUAGAACCUGUCUGCUGACAUGACAAUAAAUAAACAAUGAUAAAAAGACAAUCAGUGAUUUGAGAGUGAAUCUGAUGAUUAACAAUGAAUGGAUUAAUGAUUGACGAUGCAUGGAUUAAUGAUUACCAAUAAACGGAUUAAUGAUUAACAAUGAACGGAUUAAUGAUUAAUGAUGAAUGGAUUAAUGAUUAACGAUGAAUGGAUAAUUGAUGAAUGGAUUAAUGAACGUUCAGUUCGUAUUAUAAUCUGGUACUUCAUCAUUUCCUAUUGAUUGGAUUAAAUCUGAUCAACACAGACACUGAGUGUUGAGAUCAAUAAUCUCUAUAAUGUAAAAAAUAAUCAAUUAAACUCACUGUUGAAGUUUGGGUUUGAUUGACUUAUUGAUCAAUAACCUGAUUGGUUUUUCCUCUUCACAGUCUUUUUUGAAUACUUAUUAAUAGAUUAAUUGAUUGACUGUUUUCAUGUGUUAUUUUAUGACUCUCUGACUCGUUCGUCUCUGAUUGAUUAUUGAUUUAUUGUUUUUUAUUAUUGGACUGAUCAGAUUUACUGACUUGUUGUAAACUGAUGGCUGUACUAAUGUAUUAAACUGUUAAACUGUGUUAAACUUAGGGCUGGCUGAUUAUUGAUGAUUGAUUGGUAGAACACAGGUCUGGUGAGCACCAAGAGGAAGCUGGAGGCCGAUCUGUCUCUGCUGAGCGGGGAGGUGGACGAGGCUGUGCAGGAGAGUCACAUCGCCGGGGAGAAAGCCAAGAAGGCCAUCACUGAUGUGAGUCCUGACCUCUGACCCCUGACCUCUGACUAAUCCAAACCACAGAGAUGACGAUUUUAUUGAUCUGUCACAGAGUUCGAUAGUCAACUCACAUAACGAUGAAAAUGAAACCUCAGUGAGAGUCGAAAAAGCUUUCUUUACAUUUUCAUGAGGGUAACAGUCCAGGUCUAAACUGGUCCAAUCAGAUUUAAUCUGGUCUCAUCUGGUCUAAUCAGGUUUAAUCUGGUCCAAUUAUAGACUGUUCAUAAUAUGGACCACUUGGUUCCGUCUACCGCCUGUAUACAGAUUUGAAGCCAAAUAGCUCUCGGUAAGUAAGUCCAUGCAGAGUCAAUCUGGAGGAAUCUGAUGGUGUUUGUUUCUGAUCAGGCGGCUCUGAUGGCCGAGGAGCUGAAGAAGGAGCAGGAGAGCAGCAGCAUGUUGGAGAGGAUGAAGAAGAACAUGAUCUCCACCGUUAAAGGUACGACACUGAAGACCCAGAAGGUCCAUGAUGAAGAGCUGACCUGCAGAGAUGAUUCCAGUUUUCUCUCUGUUCUUCAGAGCUGCAGAUCAAACUGGACGAGACAGAGCAGAUGGCUCUGAAGGGAGGAAAGAAACAACUCCACAAACUGGAGACCAGAGUGAGUAAAACUGAGAACAAAAGACAAAAGACAGAAACAGGACAUAACCGAGCAGAAGGUAAGACAUCCUCCCAUCUGUGAACAGGUGAGAGAGCUGCAGACCGAGCUGAUAGUAGAGCAGAAGAAGAGUGAAGAGUACCAGAAAGGAGUCCGCCGCUACGAAAGGAGGUGCAAGGAGCUCCUGUAUCAGGUCUGACCACUGAGACAGUCCAAAGACUUUAAAGUGUGUCUCUGUCCUCAUCUGUCCUCUCUCUGUCCUCUCUCUCUCUGUCUCUCUCUAUCUCUCUUUCUUUCUCUCCCUCUCUGUCUUCUAUCUCUCUGUCUCUAUUCUAUCUCUCUAUCCCCCCCCUCCCGUCCUCUCUCUGUCUCUCUCUCCCCCUCUCUCUCUCUCUGUCCUCUCUGACAAUCUUUCCUGCUGGGGGUCAGUGUCUGGAGACCCUGGGGAAGAAGGUGGCAUACCAUCUGCGUGUCAAGGUCUCCAAUCUCUGCUCUCUGGUGGGGGUUAGGGUGUCGAGGUGGACGGAGUUGUUUGGCAGGGGUUGGUCCCCGCGGGGCUGUUGGUGGUCCCUGUACAAACCCCUCGUUGAUAAAUGGGUGGGGGACCUACAGUGGAGGAUCGUACAUGGGGCCAUAGAUGCAAACAGGUAUCUGGCACACCUCAACCCCGACUGAGGAUGUGGUGCUGAUGCUGACUGGGAUGCUGGCCGCUCGCCUCAGAGUGGAGUUCCAGUUUUACAGACUGACUAAUACGACCGACACCUUUGUGAAAUUAUGGGGUGUGCGGGCGUUCUGUGUUCGGUCAUGGAGAACUCUUUGGUUUUAAAUUUCUGAGAGUCGACGAUUGUGUUUGGCUUUAAUAUUUAAUAACGACAAAAGUAACUUGGACGACUGGUUUCGUACAGUUUUUUUUUUUUUUUGUGGUUGUUGUUUUUUGUUGUGGACGCGAUCCGCUUUUUUUGAAAUAAAAAAAAUCUCUGUCCUCUCUUUCUCUCUCUAUCUGUCUCUUUCUCUCUCUAUCUCUUUCUCUCUCUCUCUCUCUCUCUAUCUUUCUCUCUCUCUCUCUCUCUCUCUCUUUCUGUCUCUCUGUCUGUCCUUUCUGUUCUCUCUCUGUCCUCUGUCCCUGUCUCCCUCUCUGUCCUCUCUUUCUUUCUCUGUCCUUUCUUUGUCUGUCCUCCCUCUCUCUAUCUCUCUGUCCUCUCUCUCCCUCUCUCUCUGCCCCCCCCCGUCUCUCUCUGUCCUCUCUUUGUCCCCCCUUUUCUCUCUUUCCUCUCUCUCUCUCUCUCUCUCUCUCUCUCUCUCUCUCUCUCUCUCUCUCUCUCACAGAUGGCCUGUGAGUGAGGAGCUGAAAGUGAAUCGAUUUUUGAUUAAACUUUUUUGUAACUUUGUUUCUUUUCUUCUACUAUCGUCACUUUAUUGAAUGAUCAUUGUUUGUAUUAUUUGUUGAUAACUUUUGGUCAAACAGUUUAGUGGUAUUUGUGUGUUUUUCGUGCCUCAUGGCGAGGAUGGCGUCCUCUGAGACGCCACCUCCGCCAGCGUCCCUGAGACAUGGCGUGAGGCUGGUGCCACCGCCGGCCUCCUGUUGGCUGUGGGAGACCAGCCACUCCAGCACUCCUGUGCUGGAGUGGCUGUUUUAUUCUCCCCCUCCUUACCUGUAAAUAUUUUAGCCAGCUCAAGAGAUCAUGGCGGGCAGAGCUUUGAUGGUGAAGGUGGAUAUUCUAGGGUUUGCUUUAACUUUCUUUUAAUAUCUAUGCACCCAAUCAAAGCUCUGAACGUUUAGUUUUGUUUAAUUUAUUGAAAAACAGUUUAGGGAACUGCAGCAGUCAGGAAGAGUGCAUUAUAAUGGGAGGGGAUUGGAACUGCUGUACGGAUGGCACCUUAGACAGGAUAGGGCAGGAGCUCCAGUCCCUAUCAUCCUCUCUCCUGGCUCAGAUGUUGACAGAGUUUAACCUCGUCAACAUCUGGAGGUUAAAACAUUCCUCAGCUAAACAGUACACCUGGGUGAGAGUCUCUGACGGCAUGGUUAGUGCAGCCAGACUCGACAGGUUUUAUAUGUCCUCUUCUUUUAUCACUCGUGCAGCCAGGUGUCAGAUUCAUCCUGUUGGCUUCACAGACCAUCACUUGGUCUUAUUGGAAAUGGUUUUAACCUCUCCUGGAAAGUCCAGGUCAGUCUGGCAUUUUAACGUUAAGCUUUUACAUGAUUUUAACUUUUGUAAUAAUUUUAAAUUGUUUUGGGCUGAAUGGAGGUCCAGGAAGGAGGAUUUCCCCUCUCUAGGUCAGUGGUGGGAGGUAGGAAAGGGACAGAUCAGGGUGUUCUGCCAGCAGUACACCGCCUACUCCACUGCUGACGUCCGAAGGGCCAUGGACCAACUGGAGGCAGAGAUCGGGGAGCUGGAGGGUGUGCCUGUGGGGAACCCUGAGCAGCUGCUCUCCAAAAAACAGCAGCUGAACUCUUUCCUCCUGGAGAAAGCCAAAGGAGCCCUGGUCCGAGCCCGCUUCACCGCCAUCAAGGACAUUGAUGCACCAACAACCUUCUUUUUUAACCUGGAGAAGUCAGAAGGCCAAAAGAAACAGAUGGUGUGUCUCUGUCUGCCUGAUGGGGGGUUAACCUCAGACCCCGCUGAGAUGAGGAGGCAUGCAGUGUCCUUUUACUCUGAGCUGUUUCGAGCGGAACAUUGUGAUGGAGAGGCUGCAGCUGAACUCCUACAGGACCUUCCUCAGCUGAGCCCAGCAGAACGGGACGCCCUGAACCUCGAUAUCACCAUGGAGGAGCUAACCUCUGCGGUGACACACAUGGCCUCAGGCAAAGCACCGGGUAUGGACGGGUUACCAGCUGAUUUUUACAAACACUUUUGGAGUACCCUGGGACAAGAUCUUCUGGACGUGUUUCGGGAGUCUUUCCAGAGGGGAACUCUUCCAGCUUCCUGCAGGCGCACAGUAAUAUCGCUGCUACCCAAAAAGGGGGACCUCACCCUGUUGAAAAACUGGAGACCAGUGGCCCUGUUAUGUAGCGACUAUAAAAUAUUGUCGAAGGUUUUAGCUAAUAGACUGAAGGUUUUUAUGGAUGUUUUUAUUGGUGCUGAUCAGUCCUACUGUGUCCCUGACAGAUCCAUCCUGGACAAUCUGUUUUUAAUGAGAGACAUUUUUGAUGUGUGUAGACUUCAUAAUCUAAAGACUGGUUUACUCUCUAUUGACCAGGAGAAGGCCUUCGAUCGUGUUGAUCACUCCUUUUUAUUUUCCACACUGCAGGCCUUUGGUGUUGGGGAGCACUUCUUGUCCUGGGUGAAGCUGUUGUACACUGGUGCAUGUUGUGUGGUUAAAGUGGGGAGUGGGCUAAGCAGUCCUGUACCAGUGAGCAGAGGCAUCAGGCAGGGCUGCCCCCUCUCUGGUCAGCUGUACAGUGUGGCCAUUGAGCCUCUUCUUUGUCAGCUCAGGAGGUGGUUGAGGGGCUUAUGUCUGCCUGAACCGGCACAGAGCCGGCCUUUGAUUGUGACAGCCUAUGCUGACGAUGUGAAUGUUUUUGUUCAGGGCCAGGAAGAUGUCCAGGAACUUAAGCAUUGCCUGGAUCUGUAUGAGAGGGCUGCAUCAGCCAAAGUCAACUGGGAGAAGAGUGAGGCAUGUUUAGUCGGCCACUGGAGUGCAGGAAGCACCCCUAGUCUUCCUGGUGGCCUUAGGUGGGGUAGCAGAGGGCUCAAGGUCUUGGGAGUGUAUUUGGGGAGUGAGGAAAUUACUGCUAAAAACUGGGAGGGAGUGCUGGAAAAGGUAAAAGCCAAGUUAUCUAAAUGGAAAUGGUUGCUACCUCAGAUGUCUUACAGGGGAAGAGCUCUGAUUGUCAAUAACCUGGUGGCCUCGUCUCUGCGGCACAGACUCCAAGUGCUGAACCCUCCACCAAGCCCCGUGGGACAGCUGCAGUGACUCCUGGUGGACUUUUUCUGGUCUGGUCACCAUUGGCUACGAGCGUCAGCCCUGUACCUUCCUGUGGCAGAGGGGGGAUAGAUAUCACCUCUAAGACUGCUGCCUUCAGGCUUCAGGCAGCCCGACAGUUUCUGUAUGGACUUUCUAACUGCUGGACGGAUGUAGCUCGGCUGCUGCCCCGGAAGGCUGGGUGGCUUCGCUUUGACAAACAGCUGUUUCUUCUGAAGCCCCCUGCUCUCACCUUCACUGAACUGACACCUUUCUACAGCUUUGUGUUUGUUGCGUGGAGGACGCUUGUUUCCACUUGACCAUCUGACCCCAAGCCUGGGAUGUGGCUGUUUGAGGAGCCACUUUUUGACACCAUGUUUUCAUCCAACACCCUGAAAAGUGUCUUCACUGAAGCUGGAGUCGUUAAGCUUGGACAUCUUACAAGAACACCUGUAGAGAGUCUGGCUGACAUGACCGGUAUACGAUCAACCAGAGUGCUGCAGAACCUGGUGAAGGAGGUGUGGCAGUCUCUGUCGGGGCCCCUCCGGACUUCUGCUCAGAGUCGGGGUCUGGCUGAACAUUGGAGGGAGGGCCAAGACUAUAUCUUCCCCUCCCUGAGUGUGAGUCCUGCGGUGGGAGAAUGGAGGGAGGAGAGUGGACUGUUGCUGUCCUUAAAGAGACCAGUACUGGGAGCCUUCAGCGCCUGCACGGGGAAGCAGCUGUACCUCAGCUGUGUGAAGGUACUGAACCUGCGCUCCCUGACGGGAGUCAGAGAGUCGAGGUGGACAGAGGUUUUUGGCACAGACUUUUCCCCUAAUGGCAGCUGGAGGGUCCUGUAUAAGCCUCCUGUUGAGAAACGCAUGGCGGAUCUCCAAUGGAGGAUCAUACAUGGAAUGAUAGCCACAAACGGGUACAGAGCUCACCUUGAUCCGGGCACUGGAGAGGGAUGUCCCUUCUGCUCGCAGUCAGAGACUGUAGAGCACCUGGUGCUGUCCUGUACCAGACUGGCAGCUCUUUUUAAAGUGGUGCAGGAGUGGGUGGGGGGUUUGGGGGAGGUUUUCUCGUUCCCACUCUUUGUCUUUGGACCCAAAUACAUUCCUAAGAAAAAGAAAUCGGUGGUUUUGAUCAACUUUGUUUUUGCGAGUGCUAAGCUAGCCAUCUGGAAGACUUGCAAAAACAAGGUUCUUGGGGUGGACUGGACUGAUCCGGUCUGUUGCCUCAUGGGUUUGGUGGCAGCACGUCUCAGGAUUGAGCACAGCUUUUAUAAACUGACGAAAAAUUUGGAUGGUUUCAGGGAUGUGUGGGCUAUCGGGCAAGUCCUGUGCUCACUGGAGGAAAAUGGCUCCUUAGUGCUGCAUUUCUAAAGGAUUAGUUUUUAGUGUGUGUGUGUGUGUGUGUGUGUGUGUGUGUGUGUGUGUGUGUGUGUGUGUGUGUGUGUGUUGCUAUUUAUUUAAAUCACCAGUACAAGCUAACAGGUAAUCUGGUUUUAAGGAUUGUCAGAAUGGUUCAUAAAUAAAGUUUGUUAAAAGUAAAAAAAAAAGUCUCUAUCUCUCUAUCUCUCACUGUCCCCUCUCUCUCUGUCCUUUCUGUCUGUCCUUUCUGUCUGUCUGUCUGUCUGUCUCCCUCUCUCUCUGUUUUUCCUUUCUCUAUCUCUUUAUCUCUCUGUCCCCUCUUUCCUCUCUUUGUCCUCUCUCUCUCAGUCCUCUCUUACUCUCUGUCUUUCUAUCUCUCUCUUUCUAUCUCUCACUGUCCCCUCUCUCUCUGUCCUUUCUCCCUCUCUCUCUGUCCUCUCUCUGUCCUUUCUGUCUGUCUGUCUGUCUCUCUCUCUCUCUCUUUCUUUCUCUCUCUACCUCUCCUUCUCUCUCUACCCCUCUCUCUGUCUUCUCCUUCCUUCUCUUUGUUCUCUAUGUCAGUCUCUCUUUGUCUCUGUCUGUCCUCUGUUGUUCCUCUCUGUCUUUUCCCUGUCCUCUGUUGGUCAUCUUGGUGUCCUCACAUGUCUUUGUGUCCCUGCAGACAGAGGAGGACAGCAAGACUCUUCUGAGGAUGCAGGAGCUGGUCGAGAGACUUCAGACUAAAGUGAAGAGUUAUAAGAGACAAGCUGAGAACGCGGUGAGUCUGUCCUUAUGUCCCUGAUGAGACAUCAGAGCUUUAUUCAGGACAAAAUCCAGAUUUCUGACCAUCUGUAAGAUCACGGAGACAGGUUUUGGUCUCUGAAGAUGUUAAGGUCUGAUUAUCAGAUGAUUAUUGAUCAGAUGAUCAGUAACUGUUAAGAGUCAUUUUUAUUCCUCUGGAAAGCUGAAGACCAUCAGAACCUAAAACACCUUCAUCAUCAUCAUCAUCAUCAUCAUCAUCACAAAUCCUUGUGCGUGGAGGGGGGGAUUAAUUGAUCUGAUCAGGUUAGAAUUUGAUCGAUCAAAUUUUUCCCUCAGUCCGAUAGAAAAGACCGGACUUUGAAAACUGGGUUCAGACUCCAAACUAAAGUCUGGGGAAACCGUCAUCUUCACAGACCCCUGCUGCUCCACAUGGUCCUAAAAUUUAAUGUGUUUGUGUUGAGCAUCCCCCAUAGUCCGGGAGCCAUGGGGGUGAACGUGGUUUUGUCGGUUAAAGUUUUUUUCUCAACUGAUUCUUGCUGCUGGGGGUCCCCUCUUAAGGAUUCAAGAGGGUGCCCAGUGAAAUCCCUGGAGCAUUUUUUUGUUAUUAACCCCUUCCUGUCCAAAACAACAUAAUCUAUAAACUGUGAUAUUGUACAUGCACAGAAAUCAAAUCAAAUGCAUUAGAUCUGCUUUCUACAAAGUCUAAUAGUGGAACUGGUCAUGUUUCCUUUUGGAUGAAUGCAUAUCAACCCUUUGAGGCCAACCAUCUUAUAGUCCUUAACCCUUAAAUUCCCAAAACAAAAACAAAAAAUACACAAAAUAGGGUUUUAUGGCAUUUUAUGCAGAAAUAAUGAUUUAGAGCAUCAAAUUUGAUUUCUAGUGUUUAUCAAUGAAUGUGGAUGUGUAAAAUUUAGUUUUCUGAUCUCACAUUAAAACAUUUUAUAGAUAUUAAUAUUAAAAAAAUGCAUAAAUAUUAAAUCUAAUGCACUAUACACAUCCAUUUACAUGGAUACAAACUGUAGAAAGCAAACUUUAUGCAUUUAGAUCAGGUAUUUUGCAUGAAAUACCAUAGAAGUCUAUUUUGGGUGAAUUUUUAGUGUUUUGGGCAUUAAGGGGUUAAUAGCAAAAAAUGCUCCAGGGAUUUCACCGGGCACCCUCUUGAAUCCUUAAGACGGGACCCCCAGCAGCAAGAAUCAGUUGAGAAAAAAACUUUAACCGACAAAACCACGUUCAGCCAAAAAUCACCCUUUGGCUCCCGGACUACCAGGGGCUGAACAAGUCAGGUUCUUGGAGGUAAUAUGAAGGAUGUUGUUUCUGUGUUCUUCCACUAGGAGGAGCAGGUGAGCUGCAGUACGGUACGUUUUCGGAAAGUCCAGCAUGAGCUGGAUGACGCCGAGGAGAGAGCCGACAUUGCCGAGACCACAGUGAACAAACUUCGGAUUCGGACACGUGAACAAGCUAGCAAAGUGGCACUGGUAGGUGUGAUUCAGGACGACACACCCUGA